GGUCUUUUAAAGAGCAGCGGAGGCGGCCAAUGAAAGAAAAGAAGGCCCUCCUCCUGCCCAAUGGGGAGCAUGCCGUAGGUGGGGCAAGCCUCCCGGGGUACACCAGUUCACGGGUCAGACUUCACAGUCGCCGGGUGAAGAGAGCUGGGGAGCGGGGGGUGGGGUGGGGGGAUGGAGAGGAGGCUCCUCGGUGCAAUGGCUCUGCUCCUCUUCCAGGCCUUGCCCGAGGGGCUCCCGGCCAGCGUGGAGCCCGCGCAGGUAGGAAGGAAGGGGCGGGGAGGAGGGGCCAAAGGGUGGGGAGGGAGGACUUCGGGGUUCGGGCCUCUGAGGUGGGGCGAGUGAAGGGCAGGGCGGGGAAGCCCAAAGGGGGUUGCGGAAGGAGCAGCAGAGAGGCCUCUGCCCCCGCUGCGGGGAGGGCUUGAGGGUAGGUCCGAGGUCGGCUGCUCAGAAAGGCCCGCGAGGCGAAGGGCUUGAGGGAGAUGAAGGGGCACCCCCGUUGGAAAGGCUGGUGGGGUCAUUUGUUGUGGCGAAGGGUGCAAUCCUUGGGAUGUUGUGCUUCUCGCAGUAGAAAAUGUCUGGCACAUUAAGCCUUCCUGGGGAAAACGAAAUGUGCAUGUUAAGUUGUCAUUCCUGAUUUCAUACAUUUGCUUCCCUGAGUGUACAAGUGCAAGUAGGGUUCACCCUCUGGCACUCUGUGGGCUGUUUAUAUCAUGUGGUGUUUUGCACUUCGGUUCACAUACCUAUACAGUGGUACCUCGGGUUAAGAACUUAAUUCGUUCUGGAAGUCUGUUCUUAACCUGAAACUGUUCUUAACCUGAAGCACCACUUUAGCUAAUGGGGCCUCCUGCUGCCGCUGUGCCGCCGCUGCACGAUUUCUGUUCUCAUGCUGAAGCAAAGUUCUUAACCCGAGGUAAUAUUUCUGGGUUAGCAGAGUCUGUAACCUGAAGUGUAUGUAACCUGAAGUGUAUGUAACCUGAAGCAUAUGUAACCCGAGGUACCACUGUAUAUACAACACACACACACAACCUCUCUUGUGAAGGAUGUACAGGCAUAGAUAGCAUAGCUUGCUGCUAUGGGGUGCAAGGCUCAGUCCCUAUUCAGCUGAUCCUACUGUUUAUUUUGAAGGGCUAACCUGCAGGUAAUAGACAGGUGUCCUUAAGGUGGUGUGUAUUCUGUGUGGUUGAGUAUAAAGUAUGGCAUGAAAAGUGGUCCUGAGUAAGAAAAAUGUCAUGUGUGAAGCAGUCCUAAUUCCAGAAUGCUAACUGUUUACAUGUGUGGCAGUCAAAUAUAUAGUGGCAUCUUUUAAAACAGCAAUCAAACUUGCCCUAGAUAAGAGUUUUCAUCAGAUGUAACAAGUAUGUAAGCCAAACAGGAUAGUUUCUUCCUGGAAGAAUGAAUGGAUGCAACUCAAACUUGGUAAAUGGAAACCUACAGAAACUAGUGGGCGAACAUUGUGUUCUCCCUAGGCAUUUUAUCUCUGACCUUAAGGUCGCUAAACUUUAAGUCUAGGACACAGAAUUAGAGUGUCCAAAUUUUUAAUGAGUGCUCUCUCGUGGUCUAAAUAAAUGAUUAUCACACAAAGGGUAAUUUGUCUCAAAUUUUAGUGUUUCUCCUCCUGUAUUCUCCUAAAUGCAGUUUGUGUUGUUCCCCUGCUUUAGGAAUUUGUUUUUUUGCAUGUUACUUGUUGAAGUAGUUUCUUUUGCCCUUUUGUUUUUUUGUUACAUAUGUAAUCUUUUGUUUUCGUAUGUAAUAAACUGGUUUUGAAGAUACCACAGAGUGCUCUUUUUUGCAAACAUAUCUCUGGGAAAGAGUGGAACUUUUUUGGAAAAGGAGGAGGAGAAGGGCUUGGCAUUAUUAGUGAAAGUUCAAAAAUCUGGAACAGGGAGGUGGUUUUGUGGAAGAGGCAUUUGAUUGAUGGUCAUAGGAGCAAGGCCUGUUCAGCUUCAUUUGCUUUUGUUAAUUCCAUCAACCAUAUGGGAAUGUUGUAUAUGUGUUUUCUUUUCGUGCUGACUUCCUGUAUUUGCAUAAACAUACUGGGUUUAAAUUUGCUUGAACAUGCUUUUACCAUUCUAUCUUUUCAGUUUCAGUGAACAAAUAGUUUAUACCAUAAACUUUUGGGGCAUUACAAACUUUACAGAUUUUGCUAAUGCAUGUGGAAGGUAUAUAUGUAUGUCCUGAUCAAGGAAAGUAAUAGUCUCGCUCUAGUCUGCCUUGGUCAGAUCACACCUGACGUGCUGUGUCCAGUUCUGGGCACACAAUUUAAGAAAGAUAUUGACAAGCUGCAAUGUGUGCAUAGGAGGGCAGCCAAGACGAUAAAGGGUCUAGAAACCAAGCCUUAGGAAUGGUUGAGGGAGUUGGGUAUGUUCAAUCUGGUAAAGAAGAGACCGAGAGGAUAUGUGAUAGCCAUCUUCAAAUAUCUAAAGGGCUAUCACAUGGAAGAUAGAGCAAACUUGUUUUCUUCUGCUCUGGUGGGUGGGAUUCAAACCAAUGGAUUCAAUUUAGGAGUUUCUGACUAAACAUCAGGAAGACAUUUCUGGCAGUAAGAGCUGUUUGACAGUGGAACAGAUUCCCGUGAGAGAUGGUGGACUUUCCUUCCUCCUUUUAAGCAGAGGCUGGAUGGCCAUCUGUCAUGUAUUGCCAGGGGUUGGACUAGAUGACUCCUGGGGUCCCUUCCAAUACUACAAUUCUAUGAUUCUAUGAUAUAUCUUUAAGGCAACUGUGAGAAACAUUUGGGCAAACAGAUAGCUCAGUUGGUAGAGCACAAGACUCUUAAUCUCAGAGUUGUGGGUUCAAGCUCCAUGUUGGGCAAAAAGAUUCCUGCAUUGCGGUGGUUGGACUCGAUGACCCUUGUGGUCCCUUCCAACUCUACAAUUCUAUGAUUCUACAGCUUUCAUCACUCCUGGCGAUUGGUGUUGCUUCCUGGGGCUGAUGGGAGUUGUAGUUCAUCAACAUCAAGAGGGCCAAAGUUUCCCCACACCUGUUCUAAAGUAUUUGAGAUGGAGUGAAUAAUAGAGGUAGGUGCCACUCGCUAGCAAAUGAUCCUUCCAUGGCAGUUGAUUUCUUCUAUGCAUCCUUGCCCAAUUCCUAAUUACUGUCUAUUUGUGUUCAAAUGGUGACUGAUGAACCACAUUGCUAGUGAGUCAAGGAAGAGGAUCUUAGAUAAAAUUGAGUGGAGAUAAAGUUUAUUUAUUAUUUAUUUAUAAAAAUAUUUAUAAACCACAAAAUCCUAUAGAGAAGGCAUCUAAGCAUUGUCCAACUAAUAUUAAAUCACAGUCAAGAUAAGAAAAAUAUAAAAACAGAAACGUUGUAAAUAACGGGCCAAUCUCUUAAAAUCCAUCUACUGAAGAGACCUGUUGAUACAAGAAAGUCUUGAACAGAUGCCUAAAAAUAAGAAGUGCUUGGUGGAUUUUUAUUGAGAGAGGGUAUUCUAGGGUUAAAACUGUCCCCUUAUUGUAGAGUUUUCCAUUUUAAUCAUAACAGAAAUCACUUGUUCUCCAUUCUCUUCCACAUGCUUAGACUGAAGUGAACAGGGAUCUCAUAUAUUCAUAUACUAGGAUCUCAAGGUGUUCCUGGAGAGAUUGUCCUAGAUGCUAUAUGAGGGAUACAGAGAGGAGGGCUGUUAGGGCAGCUUCUAGGAAGGAUGAUUGCAGGUUUUUCCCUCUUACUAUUCUUGACCAGUUAGAUAUUUGAGGUUCUUUGUUUUAGGAGCUUAACACCUUUGCUGCGCGUCAUACUAUUACAAUACUGUACUUGAGCACAGACAUCUGCCAUGUUGUUUUAUAAUUUACAAAGCAUUGCUAAGUACUGUAUAAAAAUUAAAAGUAACGCAGGCCUUUGCAUAAGCUGACAUUCUACAAUCACAUUUGUAGAGUCUUACCAACAUGUAGGUUCUUGUUUUGAAUUGCUGUUUUAGUUUGUUGGAACUUAGGUUAGAGGGGAAUGUUUAGAGCCUUGAGUCUUUUGGAUGAAAUACAUACAGUAGACUUUAGGUAACAGGCUGAAAACUGCCUGUCCUGAACAAUCUCUCUUGGGUGUUUGUUAUGAUGCCGUAAAACAUUUGCCAAGGUUUAAAGCUUAGGGGGAAGAGAGAAAGCCCACUGCCAAACACUAUAACUUUUGUGAGAGAAGUGACUUGAAAAACAUUCGCACAGGACUUAGGCUGGGGUCUGUCCUGUUGCUAACAAUUCGGGAACAAAGACAGGAUGCUCAAGUCAGUAUUGUUGGAGGGUGUAGGACGCUGGAGAGCCAAAUAUGGUGGGGGUGCAGCAGGUAGAGCUUCCAUUCAGGCAUGUGAUGAAGGAUGAAUGAAUGAAUGAAUGAAUGGGAGAGAAACAUAGGAGUUCUGUGUAGUUGGUAGGAAACUUUUAACAGCUUGAGGCCAGUUUACCGGUACUUAAAGGAUAUCCUUACACCAUAUAUGCCCACUCAGCCACUUCAAUCCAUGGAACCUGUACUUUUGCAAGUGCCACAUUAUGUUUGUUCUACACUUGUAAAUAAUUGAUCUUUUAGUGUGGCAGCUCCUGCACUCUGGAAUUCCCUGUCCAUUGACAUUAGGCAGACACCUUCACUGUAUUCUUUUCAGCAUGUGCUAAAAACUUUCCUGUUUAGGGGAGUCUAGCUAGACAGGUGAAGUUAACCUGUAUUUAAGUCUGUAAUUUUAGCUUAUAAUGUAUAAUUUUAACUGCUGAUUUUACUCAUUUUCAGAUUCUUUAAACUUGUUCCUAACUUUGAGUUUUAUUAUUAAUAAUAAUAAAUUCUUUUUUGUUUUCUUUUAGAUGUUAGUCACUUGUUACCCAAGGUCUCUAACUGACUUACAACACUGUUAAAAACACAAAUAAAUAUAGCAUAAAACAGAACACAAGACAUAUAUUUUAUAUUUUUUGUAAAUUGCUUGGAGGUUUCAUAUACAAUUAAGCAGUAUAUAAAUUUUAUUAGAUAGAUAAAUAAAAGGUGUGGACAGAGAAGCAAAGGCCCUGGGGAGGCAUAGAGAUUGUUCUUGUUUGUGCAUGUAGCAAAAUUUCACAUGCUGGAACUGAAAUUUCAUUUGUAAUAAUAAUAGUUAUUAUAAUUUUGAUGUUUUUGUAUCCAACUUUAUUCCAAUCUGGAGCAGAAGGUGCCUUUAUGUAGUAAAUCAUUAAAACAAGCAUCUAAAUUAAACAUAACUGUAAAAUCAUUACACUGUACAGUACUAAAAAGUGGUGUGUGCACUGUACCCCAAUGUAAAACAGAUCUCAGAUAAAAAACCUGGGUAAAGAUAAUUUUCAAAUGGUGCUUAAACAUGUCAACCGCAGUGUUUCAAGCCUCAUAAAAUAUACUGUUGAAAGACACUACUUCACAUUCAUUCUAAAGAGCCAGAAUCUAGUUCAACUUUUGAUACUUUCUGAACUUGGUUUUGCCAUUGUAAUGGAAACUGCAGUUGUCUAUUUGAUGUGGAGAUGUAUGGCGGUCAGACUCUUUAGAUUAUCUGGAAGUGCAAAUCUGCAAGCACAAAGGGCAACAUGUGUUAGGUUUGAUUCAAAUUUAUUUGCCCUUUUCUCCAUGUGCCUUUUUAUGGAGGUUGGUGCAGUUUUAAGUAGAAGACUUAUUGCAAUAAAUAAGACCUUAGUAAGGCAAUAAAUAAGUGUUGCGAGUAGCAUAAACUGGAUUCAGAAGGAAUGCUUCAGCUGUGCAUGAUAUUUGAACAAUGCAGAGGAAACUACUGAUUUCAUACAGUUCUAAAGAGGUAGAAAGAAGUUAUCUGUUUUAAUAAUUAUCUGACUAUGAAUUUGUAAGCAGAAAAAAAGUUUGGGAUAUGUUGGUAAAGUAUUGACAAAAAACAUUGUAAUAGGGAGUGUAAAUGGGAAAAGGAAUGCAUGGAGAUUGGGAUUUUAUAGUGGGUAACACCUUCAAAACUAUGUUCCAUGCUGGAUAUGGUGAUGGAGGAAAAUAUGCUCUUUAAUGUGUUUCUUGGAGAAAAGAGGAGCAUGUAAAACACAACUUUCCAUAACCUCAAUAAGACUGGAUUGCAGUGUGGCAGCAAUUCAUAGUACUGACUGAGUGCUACUUUUUCAGGAAUGGCUUGGGAGGACAACUGAUGUUCUAAUAUGGAAACUUGAGCCUUAGCCUAGUAGCAACUGCCUUUGUUGUAGUAUGCAUGUGCUGACCAGCGGCAGUUGCCACAAACUCUUGGUGUAUGUGCCAGAUGUAUGUGAAACUUUGGCCCCUUUCUGCAGCUUUCUAAGAGCAAUUUGGCCUGGAGAAGCAGAGCUCAUCAAACAUGUUCAAUGCAUAGUAAGGUCUCAUGGUGAGUAAGACAAAGUAAAAUACAGUGGUACCUCGGGUUACAUACGCUUCAGGUUACAGAGUCCGCUAACCCAAAAAUAUUACCUCGGGUUAAGAACUUUGCUUCAGGAUGAGAACAGAAAUCGUGCUCCGGCCGCGCAGCGGCAGCAGGAGGUUCCAUUAGCUAAAGUGGUGCUUCAGGUUAAGAACAGUUUCAGGUUAAGAACAGACCUCCGGAACGAAUUAAGUACUUAACCCGAGGUACCACUGUACUUCAAAAUCUUUCAAAUUAAGUCAUAGAGGCUCAUUUAAGUUUGUGACUAUAGCAUCUUCUUCUGUCUGGUUUUGCAUUCUUGCAUGUAGGGUUGAUGAAAUCUCUGGGGCACUAAUUUCAAAAUUUACUUGGAGUUCUGUAUGUGGUAAUUCCAUGACAUUUUGGCUGAGUCCAUCUUUACCUGUUUCCUUGUAGAAUGAUUUUGCAAAAACUAAAUGCCUUUAUGUUUUUCUCUCAUGGUUGUAAAAUAAAGCAUUAGUGUUAACUGGAUAUUCCCCUUUCUCUUGAUCUCUCUCCAAACAUCUUGUGUUGGAGUUAAUUCACCUAUAACUAAUGCGGUUUUUGGAUAAGCCGUUAUCAGUAACUUAAGAAUUCAACAUUUUAACUUUUAUGUAAGCCUGCAUUCCAGCCAAGAUAAUCCUCCCUUCCUUUGACUAGCAGCAAUAGUUCCCAGUUCUUUUGAUCAUGCCUCAUCUUGUGAGCCGAAGUAGGGUCAAAACAAGUCAAUCUUGAAGCACCAGGAACCAGUAGGUGACAUUCUUACCUCAAACUGAAUGCUGACUGUAGUAGUUUUGUCUGAUGUUGGGGGAUCAUAUGCCGGUUUCUUUCCCAGCUAUUUAUUAAAGAAGUUGCUUUCUGAAAAGCAAUGAGGCUAGCCGCCAUUUACUGAGGAAAUUAUAUUGUGGAACCUCGUGUUACGUACUGUCCUCCUUGCGAACGCUUCAAGUUACGAGCUCCGCUAACCCGGAAGUAGAUGCUCCCAGUUGAGAACUUUGCCCCGGGAUGCGAGUGGAAGUCACGCGCUGGCGGGAGGCACCAUUAGCGAAAGUGCGCCUCAUGUUAAGAACGGUUUCAGCUUAAGAAUGGACCUCUGGAACGAAUUAAGUAUGUAACUGGAGGUACCACUGUACCCUACCUUUCAGUGUUGCUGUUCUCAGUGCAGCUAACAAAUCCUAUGAGAAUGAAAAGCAACAGCCCAGAUUCAGUCCAUCUGGUGUGUAAGUGGAAGUCAGUGCAAGGGCUCCCUUUAGUACAAGAGGGCUCUCCUCCUCCCAUGUGCCCCCCUCCAUCUCCCAAAUCUGGUUCAGGAAAACCCCCAGAACAGCAUGCAGAGAGAGGGAAUCAUUCCACCUGGCAGGCAGAAAUUUUUGCACUGAUGGGAAACGAUCAGAAGAAUCUGAUGUUGAUUUCCUCCCAAUAAAAUCAGUAUAUUGACAAGACAACAUCACAGCAGGGUCUUUUAAAUGUGGUUGUGGGAUCAGAGGGUUAUUGUUUUGUUUCCGUUAUAACUAUUUAUUUUGUUUUUCUAUAUUGUAUUUUUAUCUAGUUAACCGCCCUGAGAUCUUUAGAUGAAGGAUGGUAUAUAAAUUUAAUAAAUAAAAUGAAUAUAAGAUACGGAAAAGUCUUUGCCUGGUGCCAAAGAGGAUUGAGUGGAUUCUAGGCACACCAUCUUUAUUCCUAUUGUGGCACUAAUCCUAGUCCAGCAUUAGUAGCUUGAAAACUGAACAAGUUGUUUAAUGGGCGAAAAGGGAAGAUAAGGAAGGCAUGGGGAAAGGCCUGUUUGCUUCCUCUUAGAAAGUUUCCUCUAGUGACUAGUCACUCCCAAACAAAUCAAUGUGGUGUUGAAAUUAUCUAUAUUGUAUUGCAUAUUUGGCUUUAUGCCAAAGGAAAUUUUUCACUUUUAAUUUCUUUUUUUUAAAGCUGUAUAAGUGCAGGUGUAUUUACUGUCAUUUAAGGAAAGUCUGGUGUGUGUGUGUGUGUGUGUGUGUGUGUGUGUUUGUGUGUUUUAAUAGCGUCAUAGCUGCUCUAGCAGUUGGAUUGUGCUAUUUCUCAUGAGCACUCUCCAAUAUAUGUCUGUGACAAUCACACUCAAAUGUAAAGACAAUUGCAGCUGGUCAUCCUUCUGGGACCUAGUUUCAACUUUUUCAAGGGUGUGCUGUGAAAGCCUGCAAAACCAGUUCGACCCAAUCCCAAACUUGGAUGCUCAAAUGAGUUUAUGUGCUGCAGACAAUGGUUCAUGUAUACAGUAGUAUCAACUGACAUAAGAAAUAAUAAUGCUGAGAUGGUAAUCAUGCUGCUGUGUCUUACAUUGCAGCUUGUUCCCAUAAUGUAUAUGGGUCCUGGAGUAAUAGAUAUCACCACGUUGUGUAUCUCUUUCACCAUAUGUAUUUGCAGAAUUAUAUUUAUUGGAAAAGGCUCGAUUUAUUUUCAUAUAGUCUCCCAUUCUGGAGUAAUGGGGUAUCUCUCAUGAUUUUAUAGCAGCAUUACAAAAGACUUGAUUCAUGUGAACAGCGGAUUUGAAAUCAUCCAUAAUGUUUACUACUACAGGUCUGUAUUAAUAUUCUGCUGUUCUGGAGUGUGACUAAAGUGUUUUUAUGUUUAGUCCGUAGUGUCUCAGUGCUUUAUUCUCUUUGAUCACAGAUUGAGAUUAAAUUCUAGUACUACUGGUUGUUGUUGCUGUAGGGCUGCUGAGAUCAGGACUUCUGUAAUUCUGUGCCUCACAGUCUCAAACUCUGGACAGACUUGCUUCAUUUGGAUUAUUCAUUCUGCUUGUACAAUUUCGGGCUUGUUCAGAAUUUACUGUUUGGUCUGGGUUUAGGGGAAAGAUUUGGAUUUGGUAUAUUGUAGAAGGGAAGUUGGUAUGUUGUAGAAGGUCAGGGAUCUGUGGGAAAGAAUUUGAGGACAUAUUGAAAGGUGGGGUGUAAAACAAAGUAAUUUGCAAGAUUCUGUACAUACAACCUUAUGAAUCGUAGAAACAGAGUUUUCUAGACUCCCUGGUUGAGGGAAUUUCAGCUUUGAAUAAGCUCUAGUGUUAAGAAAUCUGUUUCAUUUUACUAAUAUGCAAGAUAAAUGAGUGUUUUUCAGUUUUUCAUAUUGCAACAGCUGUUUCAGCUUGAUUUCCCCAAGACAUGAGCUUAACUGUGGGUUGAAGCAAGGCCCAGAUGUACAAAGUACAGAGUACAGGUCUACUGGCCUUGUACUUUGCCAUGCUUAAACAGUCUUGAUCUGGAUGAAAUAGAGGUCAUUUGAAGGCACAUUGAAUUGUGAAAAGUUUGCUUCUGAGUACUUCUAGACUGAGAAACAGUAAAACCUAAAGUUGGUGCGGGAUUUCUUUGCUAAAGACUCCUGUCGUCUUCACAAAACUAAAGUUCUCAGGAUUCUUUGGCUAGCAGUCAUGGCAAUUUAAACAGAUUUGAAGGUACAGUAGAUUGAUUUUGUGGUAUAGACACCCCUUAGCAGAUAUGCUCUAUAUACUUCAGUGCAGCAAGCUGAAUUUUAUAGAGAGAGAACUUUUACAUGUCUGGAAGGGUCCCAGGGACACAGUGCUCUACUGUAAACAAAAAUAAGCAUCCCACAGUGCUUUUAAGAUCUAAUUUGUAUGGUCAGGGAUUGGACAGCAUGUGGUAUGUCUUGCAUAAAGUAGUAAUAAAAUCAAGAGUGAAAAAUCUUUUUCCUCACAGCAGCUCAUGUGUAACUUGAUCCUGAAGGCCCACCAGAAAGAUAAAUUUCUUAGCUCAUCAGGUUCUACAAUUAUAAAAGAAAGAGAGACUUUAAACCAACAGGUUAAAUUAGGCCAUGGAAUGAGAGCAAGUUUACUUAAACUGAUAGUGUUAUAUUUGUAUUUAUGUUGGACUGACACAACCUCAUCAAGCUGUUUUUAUCUUCAUUCUGGACAUUUUUAAGGCCCAGGACAAAUUGCGAUAGCUAAACAGGUUGGGACAGGGGAGGGGGGAAGCAUUUUGACUAUUUGCUGUUCAUUUUGACUAGGGUUGCCAUAUCUCAAGAAUUUUCCAGAUGUAUCUGGAUUACUGCAGCCGCAAGUAGUACAGCUAAAUGUAUGGGAAAUUCCAGGUGUAUGGCAGCCCAUGUUGGCAGUGUCAACAACUUCUCUGUCUGGAUUUUCACUUUUUGAAAUAUGGCAACCCUAAUUUUGCUGCUUUCUAUUAAGAACAAGUUUUCUUCCUAAAACAGCACUGGGAAACCUAUGGCUCUCCAGGUCUUGGACUGCCAACUCCCAUCUGCCCUAGCCAGCAUGGCCAGUGGUCAGGGAUGAUGGAAGUUGUAGUCCACAAACACUUGGAGGGCUGCAGGUUCUCCAGUGGUGUCUUAAUAGAAAGCUGAUUUGACUACCUUAACCUCUCAUUUUUAAUAACCAGCUACCAAAGAGGUGACCAAAAUGAAUAGGGUGUUAAUAGAAGACAUGGUGAAACUGACACUGCAUUCUUAAAGGUACAGUAGUAAAAAGAAAGUCUCAGAAGAAAGGCAGCAAAACACAUGCAGAGAUAACUGUCUCUGCAUGCCUUGAUGGCCUCUCCUAUUUACAUUGUGCAGGGUAGGAAAAGAGCAAGGAGAGGAUGUCAUGCAGCCCCAUGCUUUUUCCUAAGGUAAAGGAAAUACAAACUAUGCAUGUGCAUUGCAAGUUGCUUAACAUUUUGUUAACAGAUUGAGUAAUCCUUGCAGCUCACAGUUGGGAAUGACAUGUCCUUUGUACUUGCUGUGAUUAUUAAAGUGCUGAACAAUCCCUACUCUUACUCCACUACAUGCCCUCACUUGUGAAGUAUCUAAUCUUUAUGCUGCUCAAUAGCUUCCUGGGAUACCUAUAACAAAUGAUCUCUGAUUUAAUUAUAUCUGCCCAGUACCCGUAUUUUUCCUUCUAUAAGACGCUCCCAUGUAUAAGAUGCCCCCUAUUUUGGGGGCCUCAGAUUUAAGAAAAUGGGGAGAGAUGGCCCCAUGUAUAAGACGCCCCCUAAUUUUUGACAUUAUUUUUUAGGAGAAAAACCUAGUCUUAUACAUGGAAAAAUACGGUAUAUAGACUCAUAUUUGCCUCUCUGUUGCAGUCUGAACCUGCUCCUAUUCUUUACCGGAAGAAAGUGGCAGAGGGUACUUCUGGCCAUGUAUCUCACUCCUAGCUAGUUAUGCGGGGAAUCUGUAAUGAAAUUGUAAACAUGGACACAGAGUUCUCUUAUAUGGGAGGAUCAAAUGACAUCUGCCCCCUCAUGGAGAUUCUGACUGUUCUCUGUCUGCCUGAUCAUUCCUCCCUCUUGGCAGAUCUGAUGUUGUGAAAUGAAAGGGCGGGUCUAAAUUUUUCAGGUAACAAGUAUGUUUACUUCCAUCCUGCUGAGCUAUGAGAUGCGCAUGGUUUGGUUUCACUUCUUGAAGGUACUACUUGUUGGCUGAAUCUUAGAUACCAAAAAACUGAGUUGUUCACAGCUGUGAUUUGUCAGAACACUUGGAGAGUUAUAUUGCAUAUUGAUGUGGAUCUUAUGUUGUGUAAAUAUUACUGCUCUUUUGGUCAUUGAAAAGAACCUGGGCGCUUCUGAAUGUGAUCAACUUCUGUCUGUGAAAUUGGCAUGUAGUUCUCAAAGCAUCUCUCUUCUUGUAAGGAAUAAUGUUAGAUUGCUUCUUCUCACUCCCUCUUCCUGUCUGGUAGUAAAAAUACUUGAACUUUGUAGUGACUAUAUGUGGUUUUAAUGUGAUGAAGAUAAACUGCUGUAGUUUAUGCUAUCUAACCAAUUAGAUACUUUCAGAAAUCUAUAUUCAAAGAAGUCGCUUGCCAGUGUUCUGUCAGUCAUGAACAGGAAAUGGAAUUUGAGAUGAGCUAUGAAGAAUGGAGCAAGCUUGGUGUUUAUUGACUGGUAUUGUUGGGAAGAAAGAGCCAGUUUAGCCACUAUGACAAUUGUUGUUGUCAGGGUGUACUUCUCUUCUUUCUCUUAGAGCAGUGAAUGUACAGUGGUACCUCAGGUUACAUAUGCUUCAGGUUACAUACGCUUCAGGUUACACACUCUGCUAACCCAGAAAUAGUGCUUCAGGUUAAGAACUUUGCUUCAGGAUGAGAACAGAAAUCGGGCUCCGGCGGCGCGGCAGCAGCAGGAGGCCCCAUUAGCUAAAGUGGUGCUUCAGGUUAAGAACAGUUUCAGGUUAAGAACAGACCUCCGGAAUGAAUUAAAUACUUAACCUGAGGUACCACUGUAUGCCUUUCACUCUUAUGGAGAGAAGUAAGUUGCUGUGCUUUGGGAUGUGGUUGUGGUGAAAGCAAAAUAUAGCCUCCAUCACUUACAUUACGUGGUACAAAACCUUCUGAUGGGUACACUUAUAAUGCUUGUGCACAAUGUGAAAGUGCACUGGGCUUCUGCCUUGGGAUAUUUGCUUAUAUAACUCUUCCUGAAAAAUCUUGGUGUUUCUUUGAGCAUGCUGAUGACUCUCUUUUGUGGGUGUGGUGCCAUUUUACUUACAUAAGGAUCCAUAUUCGGAUAAUUGAGUUUACUAUAGAAUUCCUGCGAAAUGUUCUGCCGGUAGAAAUUCAGAAGGCACCUUCUGUUUCAACCUUUAAACACCUGCUGAAAACUUUUCUAUUCUAUCUGGCUUAUGCAGGAAAUUAAGAAUACAUCUUUCCAUAAUUAUUACUUGAUCUCUGAUGUUAUAAUGUUAUAUGGUUUUAUGUAUGACUGUUGUAAACCACUCCUUUUAAAAAAAUGAAUAGUGGUAUAUUUUAUGAAUAUUUUUUAUAAAAUAAAUACAGAGGAAAUGAUGGGGAGAACCAUAGGAGCCAACUCCUAGGGAUUUGGGGGGCUUCAUCCCCCUCCUAAAAUAUUUGAGGGGGCUGGGGGCCCCCAAAGUUGAUGGGCAUUGCCAUUCAAAUAGAGUGUGUGCACUGCAUCAUGUGAUUAGUUAUGCAGGACAGGGCUCACCUACCCCCCAAAUAUUUUAUUCAAGUUGGCACCUCUGGGAAGAACUGAGGGGUGCUUGAAUACUAGAUGCCAGUUUGUACUGCAAAUGUCGAAUUGCUAUGUUGAAAAUGUAAUAUGUAUGUCUCUUAAGAAUGAAGGUUUAUGAGGAAGAUAAUUAGUGGAAUAAUAGUGAAAGGAAUGAAUGAUAGCUUUUUGCUAUCAUUUUUGCUAGUUUGGAGUCAUAGUUGUAGUAUGAUGUCUGUGAAAGAUGACAAGUGAAAUUGUUUAAAGUGUACAAAUAUUAGUUAAUGUGGUUUUAAUUGUUAAAAUAUGUUUUGCUAUCUAUGUACACAGUGAUUAAUAUGAGGGUGAAUGAGUUUUUCCUGAUGAAAGCAGCUGUUGGCUUCUUGCCUUGGAUUUUGUAAAAACAAAGUAGGCAAGAUUGCCUGUAUAUAUGCAUGGCCCUGAUCUUCAGAAGGGCAUUUUACUGGCGGUGAUAAUGUUGGCAUUUUAUGCAUUUAUUUAAAAGCUUAAUGAUUGCACAGCAGUGGAUCAAAGGGUGUUACUGUUCUCUCUUGGGACAGCUAACUGAUAAAAAGUAGUGGUCUGGACUAUAUCAGACUAUCACUUCUUCACAUUCUCAUAUGCAAAAUAUUGGAAACCAUCCAUGACUUGCUACUUUUUAAUUUCCUCACAGCUGAGGAAUACACUUGCUGAUGCCACUCUUGCAAAAUCUUUGCUGUGCAUCUUGGACAUGUAAUUAGCUGAAUAUGAAUACCCAGGACAUUGUCUCUGUUCACAGCUAAUAUGCCUUCUGUUGCGCUCUGUUCAGGUGAGGGACUUUGGAACUUCAGUGGUUUAAUAGCUAUCUAGUAAGUUACCUAUAGUUAAGCAAAUAGAAGUUAUUUUUGUAAAUUUGAACCUGGUAGAGCAUUGACAUUGGGACACGGGUGGUGCUGUGGUCCAAACCACUAAGCCUCUUGGGCUUGCCGAUCAGAAGGUUAGCGGUUCAAAUCCCUGCAACGGGGUGAGCUCCCAUUGCUUGGUCCCAGCUCCUGCCAACCUAGCAGUUCAAAAGCACGCCAAAAAGUGCAAGUAGAUAAAUAGGUACCUCUCCAAUGGGAAGGGAAACGGCGUUUCCGUGCGCUGCUCUGGUUUCAAUGUUCUGUUGCACCAGAAGCGGCUUAGUCAUGCUGGCCACAUGACCCGGAAAAACUGUCUGCGGACAAACACCGGCUUCCUUGGCCUGUAAAGCAAGAAAAGCAGAGGGGGGAACCUUUUUUAGACCGUCUAAACCUGCAGAAGAGAGAGUAAAGAAAGGUAAAUUUCCACCGUCUUGAACCUGGGAGCGGGGUGUCAGGACAGACAUUUUGGGGAAGUUCAUUGACUGUGGACAAACGUUUUUGACAGAUAGUCAAAAAAAGAGAAACAUAUUGAUUCCAUUGUUCCCUUUUGCAUUUAAAAGGAACAAAAUAUCCGAAAAAGGAAAGGAACUUUGUUGCUAGAUCUGCUUUUAAAAAGACGGAUACAAAUAGAAAUUGUUUCCCCUAGAGGGAGCUUGUGAAACUGUUAUUAGAGUCGAACUGGGGAGCCUUGCAGCUGUAGAGAUUAAAGAUCGUGGGACCAGACUUUGACCUUGAACAAGAAUGUGCUUAAAAGAAGCUUUAGUGCUUGCUCUUUGCAAGACAAGUGCUUUAUUGGAACAGUUACAUGAGAAGAUGGAUUUGAAGACUGUUGCAGUCGAAAAUUUUGGACAAACAGUGAAUACCUAUAUAGAACCCACUCAGGAAUUAAUCCAGGAAUGUGCUUUGACAGAUCAGACAAAGGAGGAGGUUGUUGCUGAACCUCAAGUAGCAGAAAUGGAGAGAGCUGUGGCCCAGCAGGAACAUGAGUUGUUGGAUUUGACGAAUGAAUCUGGAAAAAGUCAGAUUUGGAGAGAUGGAGUUCUGUUUGGCUUGGAGAUGGGGGCCUGGAUGGAUCCCCCUAUGCAGGGAUGUUUUGACCUUUCGAGUCUGGCUUUGGGCCGGGGGGAGUUGGGAGUUGUGGGGGCCCUUAACUUUGGAGGGACUUUGAAAUAUGCCUUUAAAUAUCACAUGGAUUUCAGUGUUGACUAUGGAAAAUGGGCUGACUUGUCGAGAAGGGACAAAGAUAUUGUCAAGUUGGAGUCUCCCCGAGAGAAAGGAAGGAAAUUAAGAAUAAGAUCAGCAGAAGAUAAAGUAAAGUACAGGUAUAAAUAUGAAGAAGACCUGCGGAAGGGACAUGGAAAAGACUUAAGAGCCUCGGAUAGAAGGUCACCAGGUUGAUGGACUAGAUGGAUGGGAUAGAAAGGACUGACAAAACCCGAGACCAGGAAGAAGAGACGAUGGAUGAAGAUUGGAAGAAAGUUUUAAAAAUUUAUGUAGAAAAUCAUUGUAAAAUUAAUGAGUAUUAGAAAAAUGUUGGAAUGAAAUUAUUUGGCUUUAGCAGAAAUGUUAAAAAAAAAUUAUGUAAGAAUAUGUUAUGGUUAAAAGAAUUAGGUAUAAAUAAGACUUAAGUUUUAAGCUUUAGGGUUUUUAUGGUAAGAUAAGGUUAAAAUAGAUUAAGGUAAUUUAAUGACAGAAUAUUGUGAAAGAUGGAAAGGAUUUGCUGAGAUAAUUAAUAACUAGAAUACAAAAAAGGGAGGUAUGAGGAGGUCGAUGAAAUAAGUUAAUGAAAGUUAAAGAUUUGGGGAUAUUGGAUUUGUUUUUAAAUUUUUUGUUUAUUUUUGCUUUUUGCUUUUGAUGUAUUAUGUGUUUUGUUUUUUCUCUUUGACUUUGGUUUUUAUUGAUUUGUAUUGUUUAAUUGCUAUUUUUGUCUACCUUGUUCUUUCUUUCUCUUUUUCUCUUGUUUCUUUCCUCUUUUUUCUCUGUAAUUUUAAAUUCUCAAUAAAUAUCAUUUUUUUAAAAAAAAAGUAAAGCAAGAUGAGCAUCGCAACCCCAGAGACAUCUGCGACUGGACUUAACUGUCAGGGGUCCUUUACCUUUACCUUUUUUUAGAACAUUGACAGGGUGACUGACCACUAAAUAGGCAGAUAGGGACAACUUUAUAAUGGUUUGUAUAUCAUAAGAGAACAUUACAGAAAGGUUUGGUCAGUUCCCAUUGGCUUUGAUCACAAGGUUUGGGUCCUGUGUACUUUGAAGAUCAUGUUUCCUCCUUGCUGUGUUUGCCUUCCUGUCUGGGCCAUGUAUUUCUAGUUUAAGCAGCAACGGCAUAUAGGGAAUUGUGUGGCAUACAGGGAAUUGUGUUCAGUGGCUGUCCCAAAGCUACAAAACUCUCUUCUAGAGAUUGUCCAAACUUGAACCAUUAACCUUCCCGCUAUAAAGCGGUACCUAUUUAUCUACUUGCACUUGGGGGUGCUUUCGAACUGCUAGGUGGGCAGGAGCUGGGACCGAACAACGGGAGCUCACCCUGCCGCGGGGAUUCGAACCGCCGACCAUACGAUCGGCAAGUCCUAGGCGCUGAGGUUUUACCCACAGCGCCACCCGCGUCCCUGUAGUAUCUUUGGCGGUAAAUAAAUCAUUAUUGCUCUCACUCUAGUGUCAGUCAAACCUGAAUGGGUGGUUGGCAGAGAUGUGCAUUUAGAUAUGCUUGAAUGUGAAUUCUUACGUAUGUACAUCACAAUGUGCGUCUAUGUGUGAAUACUUCUUUUCCUUUCACAGUCCUCUAGAAUAGGAAGUAAUACAGUACCUCAGUCUCACAUGCUUAAAAAAACCUAUCUCAAAAGUAGAGGGCAAUUUUGAGUGCUGCAAAAACAUUUACUAAAUUUGCCCCCCCCCCUUCAGUUCAGCUCUUGUUUACUAGAGAAACAUAAGAGGAAUUGGAGAACAGCCUUUACAGCUUUGAAGACACUCGAACUCAGAACACAAGGGAGAAACGUGCUAAGAGGAAGGCAUGCUUGGCAAAUCCACACCGUGAUCAACUCCCGCCUGGAAACCAAUGUCCCCACUGUGGAAGGACGUGUGGAUCCAGAAUUGGCCUCCACAGUCACUUACAGACUCAUUGUUAAAGCCGUGUUUAUGGAAGACAAUCUUACUCCACUAUGAGUGAUCGCCAAAGAAGAAGAAGAAGACAUAAGAGGACAAUGGCCAAUCUUAUUUUUUUGCUGAAGUGUGUUCCACUCAUUUCUCUUUCACAAAAAAUCCUGUUUCUAUAUUUUCUCUUGAUCUUGGCAGCUUUUUUUCUAAUAGUGACAAGAGGGUGAUUUUUCAUUGGAACCUGGGGAGGGAAGAGCUAAAUCUCACCUUCCUGUGCACUUCUGUCCUGGGUCCCACAUGCCUAGUAUUAAAUUUAAAAAUUGGUCACUUAACACAAUGGCAGUGUUUCCUUUUGGUUCUGGCCAUGCUAUGUCAGCACCUAUUGGAACCAAUCUGGCCCAGAUCCCCAUCUUUUAUUUAAAAGGGAAGAGCUACUCUCUAUGCUUAAUGUAUUUGAGAGAAAAUGUGAUGUGAGAGAAAAUGUGCUGCUCGUAUUCUGCCCAGUUGUUUAGUUGCUCCCAUUGUGAAAGCUAGUAACAGAAGUCCCAGCUAUGACUAGCAUGUCAAGGAAGUACUCAGAAAGAAAAAGCAAAUAGGCUAGAAUCACAAGAUGGAGCUUUCUGAUUCCUAUAGAACCAGGGUGGCUAGCUUGUUGACCAUAGGCCAUGUUGGCUGGACCUGAUGGGAGUUGGAGUCCAGCAGAAAUGGCAGGACACAAGCUAGCCACUCCUGGUUAUAGAAGCUACUUUUCUCCACUGCAGAAGUUAGAGCAGCCCAUAGAAGACAACAGAAUAUUAGUAUACUUGUAACUUCACAGCCAUGUACCUCUUCCCUUGCCCACUUUCCAAAAAAAUGUAGUAAUGAAGAUGGGAAUUCCUGUUCUUUCUAAUUCAGUUCUUAUUUCAUGUGAAAACAUGUAUUUUCUUCCUUUUUAAACUUUGUAAAAAUUGGCAGCUGUGGCAGAGAGCAGUUUACUACAACCCUGCAAUGAAGCCCAAAUCCUCUGUUAACCCAUCUGCAAGCUUGCAGUAGUGCCAGUUUGCAUUUCCACCUUAAAAUCUUCCAGUCACAACAUCCUUCAGGUUGCAGCAAAGUUAAUCUACCUAAAUUUCCCCCUUGCACCCAACCCAACUCAGAUCUAGCACUAAGUUGCAAACAAAACUCUCGUGCUUUCUAGUCAUGCAUGCUAACAUAUUAUGCUUAAAGUUUUUAAAAACUACCUUCGUUUUGGAGUGGUUUUGUGUGUGUGUGUGUGUGUGCUCAUACCAGCAUUAUGUUCUCAAUUCCAAUAUGCAUCUACUCUUUCAAGAACAGGUCAGAGGAACAAGCAGUGAAUCUCCUGUCACUGAUCCCUAGCGGCUUAUUGGAAGCACAAACAGCUGCCAACAAAGAGGUGACAGUGGCUGGGCAUGGAAAUAUACAACUUGGAACACAGCAAAUGAUAUUAGUCUGUGUUUGCUUCCUUGCUCCAGCCACUCCGAUCAUCAUUCUUCUGUGUUCAGCAUUUUUUCUGCUUUUCCUUCAGACAGUAAAAAGUAGAAAAAAAGGGGGGGGGGGAAUAUGAUCUGAGAGAAAUGAGAGAAAAUGUGCUUGUGGUAUUCUGCCCAAAGACAAGCCGGCAGUGUUCACUUUGACCUUUGCCUUUUAUUGUAAGCAAGCUCCAACCUUUAUCUUGUUCUCUCUUAUGUACAUUGUCCUGAUCCUGCGUUCCCUCACCAUGGGUGCAUUUCAAACACUAUGGGAAUUUUCAUCGUGAAGAUGCAAGGGAGAAUAAAAAUCAUGCCCCAAUGUGCAAUAACUGUUUCUCCCUCUCCCCAUUUUUUGUUGUUGCUGUGAGUGUCAUUAGAAAGGCUCUGAACAGAUAAGGCUGAGGCAACUGGGUUUCUCAUUGGAGUUCAAAAAAGGAUCACUUUGGCAAACAAAAAACCCCCACCAGCACCACAAAGCAACAGUGAAGUGGCACUGGGCCCAGAGCUGCUGCCGGAUGGGUAGAAAGGGUCGGGUGGUGUUUCUUUGGGGUGGGGGCAAAGCCGUUAGGGGUUCUAGACUCUUAGCUGCUGUUAAAAAAGAAGCUUUAAAAGUUCUUACGUGCUGUAGAUCAAACCAUAUAAGCCAAAAUGUGAACACAUACACACAUUUCUGUGAAAUGAGCAAACCUGGUUUGUAGUUGCCACCUUACAGGGUUUUAGCCAAUGAGUGAAGUUAGAGCUGCAAUUGGCAAGUAACCAUUUUGGAAGAGCUAAGAAUUAUUAAAGCUAUGCUUUCCUGUUUCUAUCUCAUUACUGCCCAGACAUGGCCUACAAUGGUAUGUACGCUCAUCAUGUGAGUUGAGUGAGUUUGUGGCUUUCAGCAGCAACAUAUCUACCUGGCCAUCCACUGUUCUCUGUGCACAUUCUUGCUCUGUGCUGGGAUUCUAAUGAGGCCAUGAAUUGCACACAAGUUCCUAAUAUAAAGGAAUGUAGCCUGUUCCAUGGCUAACCAUAAAGGAUGACUGUAGCUCAACAAGGAAAGGCAGGGAUGGUACGUGUAUACUGUGCAUUUUGUAUAUUUGUCUUGUCCUAGUACUUUGAGCAAAACAUCUACUGCUGACAGUCCAGUUAUGUAGCAUUAUGCCUUCUGCCUCUUGUCUCCUUCAUACAGAAAUACUUAACAAAAUGUGUUUUAAGUUUACAGUCAGUGCUAGAUUCUUCCAUACCUGAGCUUUUCAUGCACCUCCUUUGCACCUGCCAAGACUCCCUACCCUUUCCAAUUAAAACAAAGUUAGCUGAGGUUGUUUCUCAGGGUGUUGUUGUUGGUUUUGAGGGGAUGUUUGAUUGGCAGGGGGUGUUGCCUUUUCUUUUUGUUUUGUGUUUAGUUUGGGGUGUAUGUAGGUCUUUCCCCUGCUUUUGAUGCGGAUUUUGAGCAUCAUUGCGUUACUCCUGUGAAACGGGUGCAUCUGAGGUGCCCAUGGCAGUUUCUAAGAUUUCCAAAUCUGCCUGCAGGCCUAAAAAGGUUGGGAACCGCAGAUCAUGCAAAGCUAGAUGGAGCAAUGAUUUUACCCAGUAAAAAUACCUUUCUACCUUCAUAUGUCUUUGUAUGUGAAGUGGUAAAAGAAGGAAAGCUUUGUUACUGUUGCCUCUGUACUCAGCAGGGAGGCGUAGAGAUAUUGUUUUUUUUUGGGGGGGGGGAAGAUGCAGAGAAAUAAAAGAGAAGGAAGAGGAAGGGUGAGAAAUUGGGGGGCACAGAGUGGAGGAAGAGAUUUGUGAGAGGAGGAGAGAGAAGGAGGGAGCCUGUGGCCCUUAAACCAUCUGCACUGGGAUGUGCUUUGGAAUAAGUUUUCUUCCCCUUUUCAGUAUUGACUAAGCUGUGUAACUGAAUUUCCAGUAACUUUCAGGAGACCACUUUUUUUUUUUAAUGGUGGAUGAACUUAUUGCAGUUCUUACGCAACAUUUUUUGCAACGUUGUAGAACUAUUGAUUUUUAAAGAGAUCUGCAAUAGACAGACAGACAAACAAACAAACAAACAGAAAGAAAGAAGGGGAAACUUCCCAGUCUGGUAAAUAUGUAUGCAAUGUGUCCCGACAUGGGGGAGUGGUGAGGCUUCUAGGCUGACAUGUGACAGGCGAGAACAGCUGCUGAUUUAAGAGAAGCACAAAAAAGAUUGCUGAACUUUUAAAGCAGAGGUAUAGCAAAAGUUAAAUUUAGAUCACUUUCUUUCAUAUCAUCUCUAUUACUUUGGAACUUGCUAUACCGCUGUACUCCAUUGCUUACAAGAAGACAAACAGUUUUUGAGAAACUAGCUACCACUGGCAUGAAAACUGAGAAGAACUCUAAGGCCUAGGUGUAGAAUCUCCUUUUGAACAAUCUGUUUAUGCUUCUGGACAGCAACUUUGGGAUUCCCUUUACCUCUCCUUUGUAUGGGGAAGGUAUUUAAAGGUAAAGGUAAAGGUACCCCUGCCCGUACGGGCCAGUCGUGUCCGACUCUGGGGUUGUGCGCUCAUCUCGCUUAAGAGGCCGGGAGCCAGCGCUGCCCGAAGACACUUCCGGGUCACGUGGCCAGCGUGAUGAAGCUGCUCUGGCGAGCCAGCACCAGCGCAGCACACGGAAACGCCGUUACUUUCCCGCUAUAAAGCGGUACCUAUUUAUCUACUUGCACUUAGGGGUGCUUUCGAACUGCUAGGUGGGCAGGAGCUGGGACCGAACGACGGGACCUCACCCCGCCGCGGGGAUUCGAACCGCCGACCAUACGAUCGGCAAGUCCUAGGCACUGAGGUUUUAUCCACAGCGCCACCCGCGUCCCUAUGGGGAAGGUAUUUAGGACAUUCCAAAUUACCUUUCAAAAAAGAGUAAGAGAAGAUACACAAAUGCUGAGAAGUUUAUUUCUGUAUUGAAUGAGCAUUUCAAAGGAGCAGCCUAUGAAACUGAGUGGAGCCUGGUCAGCAGCUGUGAGAAUCCAGUGGAGGUGCCUGUUGUCGGAGAGAGAGAAUGUGUAUCCCGAGAUAGCAAGGCUUGGGCAAUGUGGAGAUUUGAGAGUCAUAAACAGCACUUUGCAUUAGGCUUGGAAACAAACUGGCAGUCAAUGCAGAAGUUUCAAAACUGUUCCCAACAGCUCGUUAACAAAUACAGUGGUACCUCGGGUUAAGUACUUUAUUCGUUCCAGAGGUCCGUUCUUAACCUGAAACUGUUCUUAACCUGAAGCACCACUUUAGCUAAUGGGGCCUCCCGCUGCCGCCGCGCCGCCGGAGCACGAUUUCUGUUCUCAUCCUGAAGCAAAGUUCUUAACCCAAGGUACUAUUUCUGGGUUAGCGGAGUCUGUAACCUGAAGCGUAUGUAACCUGAGGUACCACUGUAGAGGCAUUCUGUACCAGCUGAUUUCCAGACAAAUUAUUAAAGUUGGACCCACACAGAACAUGGGAUAUGAAUGACAGUUUCUAAAAUGGAAGAUACAUCUGGGAUGCAUUUUGCUAAACCUGAAUGCAAUAGCCAACCUUACCAUCAAUUUUACACACACACACACACACACACACACACACACACACACUAUGGACACUAAGACAAUCUUACUCAGCUACGAGUGAUCACCAAAGAAUGAAUACACACAAACACAUUUCCCCCUUCAAAAUGGCAGGAUACCCUACUAUAUUCCAAAUGGUGUUUAAAAAUUGCUGUUUCCGAAGAAGUUUGCCAGUGCAGGAGCUACAGUUAAAGACACUUUUGCUCAAAUUGUCCAGCAAACCAGAGUUAAUUCAGACUGGAAGAGGGUGAAAAUUUGGCUUGAAUUUGGUCUUGAAUUUAUGUGAACAUUUGUAAAUGAGCCAGUGAGCCAGUCGUGAGCCAGUAUGGUGUAGUGGUUAAGAGCGGUAGUCUCGUUAUCUGGGGAACCGGGUUCGCGUCUCCGCUCCUCCACAUGCAGCUGCUGGGUGACCUUGGGCCAGUCACACUUCUCUGAAGUCUCUCAGCCCCACUCACCUUACAGAGUGUUUGUUGUGGGGGAGGAAGGGAAAGGAGAAUGUUAGCCGCUUUGAGACUCCUUAAAAGGAGUGAAAGGCGGGAUAUCAAAUCCAAACUCUUCUUCUUCUUCUAAAUGAACACCUGAAUACUUAUCUCUAAUAGGCAGGUGUGACCCCAGGUGUAUCCACAGCAGUGGGCAGAGGAGGAAUGAUUGCUGGGAGGAGUGCAGAGAGAAGAAACGUCAUAGCACACCUGUAUCAGCAUAACCAGAUGCCUUUAGUUGCCCAGCUGCAACAAGACAUGUCUCUCCCCUAUCGGUCUCUAGAACCAUGGCAGGCUCUGUAACCUUCCAGCAGUUUGACUUCACCCUCAAAGGCGCACUCUUCCAUUGUCUUCCAGGACAGACAGAGGCCAACAACAACAACAAUUAGCUUUCAUGGACUUAGUGAAUGAUUUUGAAAGAAAGCCCUGUUGUUUGUUCAACUAAUACUUUUCUAAUAUAAUUAAAUAUAACUAAAAGUUUAUCUUACAAUUUUUUUAGUGCAUUUAACAACCACAGUAGUCCGUAAAUACCAGGUUUCCGGUGUAAGUGCUUUCUGUUUGCUAACUACUGUGCAUUUUCUUCUAUGCAGUAGGCCUCUUUGAGUUGUUAAUCAGCAGCUGUCUGAAGCUUUCCCCCCCUCUUGCAGUGCUGCUACUGAUGUCACUUCCCCCUUGGCAAACGCCUACGGAGGCUCUGCUGCUUUUGAGAUUGGUCACAGGGAGGGGAGAGAGAGAGAGAGAGAGGCUGAGUGAGUGCAUUCUAUGUCCUGGGACCCUGUUUACUUAACAUUCCCAGCCAAGGAAGCCCUGGUUUAAACAGGAUUGCGGAUGCAGCCUGUCCAUUACAGAUGAGGAAAUUAUUAUUCUGGGAUUCUAGAAAUUCCUUUGUUUAACCCCCUAGCGUGGAUUAUGAGAAUGCAGAAUGCCUUUCCUUUUGGGCCUGCGGCAGGUAACUUGUUUCUGGUUUGUUUGUUUGUUUGACUAGUUAGGGUGGAGAAUGUGAGAUUUUGCUGGCUUAAAAAAGAAGAAAGAAAAUCAGCUCUGCUUGCCUUGUGAAGUGAGCCACUCAAGUAAAAUCCAGUGCGAUCUUUUGUCUUCCUCUGUUGUGUUUAUGCCAGGGGAAAAACAAAUCUAUUUUACUUUACAUUGAAUAAUGCUGCAGAUAAAGGGAAGAAACUUUAUUAUUAUCUGAAGCAAAAAAAUUGUCCGUGUCCCCCCCCCACUUUACUCUAUUUUAUGGCUUUCACUUUUGGUUUUUGUGUGCUUUAAGGACAUUUAGGGUUUUAAAGCUUACUUGGGUUUUGUGUUUGUGCUUUGGCUGAGUUCUGGUUUAGAGUAAACAAGAAACAGUCAACAGCUUCUAAUAAGAAACUGUCAGAACUAACAGUGCACAUGCUUUUUAAACCCGUUUCUGAAUUUGUGGUGUCUGUGCUGGAGUUUUAAAGUACUCAUAAUUUUAUUACUACUAACCAACAUACAUAGCCUGGAAUGAGUAAAAGCAGCAAGUCACCCAGCUGCUCCCUGGUGGGCAGCAGCCGGCUUCUACCAAAUUUGAAUCAUCUUAGUCCAGGAGCUAUUUGUUCCAGGAACAACAUCUGAUUACUUGUACACCUCACCUAGCUUAUGUUCUUAGGCAAGUACCGGUAAGUGUAGCAAAUGAAGUUUGGAGGUAUUGCAGGUAUGUGAGCAUUAAAGUUUUCUCUUUUCUUUCCUUUUUUUGAUGGUGAGUGUUGUUAGUUUUACUUUCCAAAAAGCACUCUAAAAAGUGAAAAACAGCUGUUUUGUUUGUAGCUACCUAGUUUAUUUUUUAAAACCAAAUCUUUUUUAUUUGGGCUUACAUAAUUCUAUUCAAGAAUUGAGACAAGAACUACCUCUAGCGCAAUGACCUUUUGCCACUGACUGCUCUGCUUACUUGAAGCGGGCAGAAUAAAUUUAGGCUAUAUGUAAAGUUCUAAAUAGAACUUAAGAUUUGGUUAUGGUUAUAGUUCUAUUGGAGAAGAGGAAAGCUGUGGGCUGCCAAUUUAAGGGCAUUAGUUUGGGGAAUAUGCAUGUUAAGCCUCCCAAGAAAUGUUGAAAUUGAACCAAUUGACCUUGUUGGAAUUACGUCAGCAACAGAUAGCUACGUGUCUUUAGAAAUCUUUCAAAUCCAUGUAUAUUUCCAUAAAGGAAAUUUGGGCAUCUUCUGGGGUUUCUUUACUGAUGCAGGAAGCCUCAAAGGAGGCAAUCCAGUUUCUGAAACCAGUUUGCUUACCUUUUCUUUGUUGCACUUGAUUUUUCUCUUUGUCCUUAGCUGCUUAGUUGCUUACUGUUUGCUCCUGUCUAUGGUUCACAGGGCCAGUCUGAGCAGCAAAAGCAGUUUCCUUACUCCUUUCUGUCUACUUGAACUUACAGCAUAUAGCUGUUUGGAAACUGUUGUGUAAAUGUAAUAAGCUCCCUGUGCUGUGUUAGCUACAUAUCUGCCAGUUUAGCGCAUGUUAGAAAAUAAAAUGCCUUGAUGAAUGCCUUGAUGCCAGAAUCCAUUGUCACAGACCUGUCCCCAUUCAUACACAGGAAUCUGUGGUCCCUCUUUAAACUGGAAGAGGAGUGCAGAUGUUGAGCAGUACAGUUAUGCAUUAAAUUGGUUUUGUUAGUGCUGAAGUUGUAGCUUUCGCAGCUUUAGUGUAAUGGCAUUCAGGCUAUCCUGUAUGGCCAUCAACAUUAGCUUUAAAGUGCUCCUGCUGUGAAAUAGUUUGUUGGUUUGUUACGUUAUGUAUUUAUGUGUUUUUAUAAUGUAAACUGCCCUGUGAUCUUUGGAUAAAGAGCAGUAUAUAAAACAAACAAACAAACAAACAGUCUUUUUAUUGACAAUGCUCUGUGCAGAGCAUUUCUUUCUAGCCCCUCCCUUUCUUCACUUGUGUACCACUUCAGAUCUUAGUAUCUGUUUGCCCAUUGUGUCCAAAUCUGAGGAACUCUGGUUAAAUAUAAAUUGAUCAGUUAAAAUCUGAUGAUUUAUGAAGCCUCAGUCAUCCAAAUUAGGCCACUGAGGUUUUUUACUAUUGGACAACUAAGCAGUUAUUUUAAAAGUUGCAAUUGAAACUGUUCUGCUCAGUGUUCAAAGCUGGGAUAAAAAAGCUAGGAGCCAAAUGGCUUAUGGGACCUGGGUUGUGGGCACCAAAAUAGAAUGUCUAGUCGUCACUGGAAGACCCCCCCCCACCGGUCAGCAACACUUUAUUAUUUUGAUAAGCAUGAAUUAAUACACAAUUCACAUAAGUGACACAUUGUUAAUAUCACAUUUUUAAUACAUGUUUAAUUUGGUGUUUACAAUAAAAAUAUUGGUAUCAUACUUCGGUUUUCAAAACACUCUUUAUAAGUUAAACUCCUUAACUUAUUCUCUAUCCUUAACAUAUACACAUACAGUGGAGCCUCGUGUUACAUACCGUUCUCCUUACAAACACUUCGGGUUACAAGCUCUGCUAACCUGGAAGUAGGUCUCCUGGUUGCGAACUUUGCCCCAGCAUGCGAGCGGAAGUUGCACGCCAGCACCGCGGCAGCGGGAGGCGCCAUUAGCGAAAGCGCGCCUCAGGUUAAGAACGGACCUCCGGAAUGAAUUAAGUUUGUAACCGGAGGUACAACUCUAAAUUUCAGUAAUCCUUGAGUGUCAGCCAGGCGCAAAAAAUGGCACCCAGAGGUGCUCGCAAAUGGAGAAUCUUUAGGCACAAAAUGUGCCUGGUGCCCUGCUAAUUUUGAACCCUGGUUCUGCUUCGUUGUUUAACAUGUCCCUUUCAGGUGAGAUACCACAGUUGUGAAGGUAGUUUUUCCGGGGUGAGGCCCAUCCAUUGCAAUCUGCGUCUGCUGACCCCUGCAAUGUUUCCAAAUGGAAGAAACAUGAUUGCAUAAUUCCUGGUAUUGGGGAACUGUGUUCAUGCUUUGCCUUCAUCCUUGAGAAGGGCUGUAGCUCAGUGUUAGAGCAAGUGCUUUGCAUGUAGAAGGCUCCCGGUCCAAUCCUCAGCAUAUACAGGUAGAGCUGGGAGAGAGCCCUGUCUCCAGCCUUGGAAAAUGGCUGCCAGUGAGUGUAGACAAUAAUGAGCUAGUUGGACCAAUGGUCUGACAUGGUAUAGAUAGCUUCCUAUGUUCCAUCUUCUAAGAUGAUUGGAGUUGAGCAUCCCCACCCCCACCCCCAAAAAAAAACUUUACCAAGAUUGAACAUCAAUUAACUUGGCUGUGUAGAACAUUCUGCAGUCUCUGGACAAGCAUCUACAAAUGUAGUGGUCACAUAGCAGAGGUGAGUCUAUCUCUGGGCAAGGUUAGUGGAAAGUGAGUGAUGCUCCUGGGCUUGCUGGGUUUUGGAAGCAUUUUGAAGCACUUAGGCUUCUCAGUGCUUUCUGUGGUAGUUUCUUCUCUAUUUUGUUUCUAAAUUAAAAUCUUUAAUUAAAGAGAGAGGGAGAGACAGAACUGUAACAGUGCAUAGUACAAAGAAGAGAUUCAGCACAGUCAAGACUCAGAGCACAAAGAAGUCAAGGCCAUGAAUAUGACCUAUACGCAAUAAGCUCUUUCCAUAGAGAUCUGUCAGGAGAUAAUAAUCAUAUAGAAGAGUCACUACUGUUGGCAUAUGAAAUAAAGUGACACCGCACAGAUUAAAUUCACAUGGUUAUGCCUAUUCAUUUAGAGCAGGGGUGGGGAAUCUUUUGGACUGUUGGGUCCCUGACUGUUGGCCAUGAUGGGUGGGGUGGGGCUGACAGGGGUUUAGAGACCAAGAAUAUCCGGGGGGGGGGCACAGAUUCACUAACCUUUGUUUAUAAAGAUCGCUUUUGCAGUUGUGGGAGGAGCCAGAAGAUUUGCAGACACACUGAAUUUAUCCAUUUUGGCCUAUAGUUGAAAGCAGUUGAGACGAAGGAGCGGGAAAUAGGGGAUUGGGGGAGAAAGGAAAUGGGCCUGCUCAAGCCCCAUACUAUAUCCUAGAGUGGGGAAAGGGGCUAUGUGUCAUUAGAUUUUUUAAAGCGAAGCUUAUUUUGAGCAGUUCCUAUUCUGCGUUAGUGGAGCCCUAAACAGAAGGACUGUUCAGGAAUUGGGAUGCGCUACAACAUGUUGCAAGUCCAUUUUUUUCUGCUUUAGAUGUAAGGGGCUUCCCUCAACAGAAAAUGGCACUCCAGGUUUUCCUCCUUUCUUUCCAGCCACCUCUCAUGCUGUUCUUGGGGUUUGUUGACGGUGGGAGUUUUUGGCAACAAACCUAACGGUGCAUUUCUAUACUAGUUAGUAAAUUAAGGGGUUAGGGACCACAUAGCUGUAAUUUUAUAAAGUACAACUAGGUCACGUCCCCUCACCUUCAGGAAUGGAGGAAGUAUUGUCUGUUUCCUGUUUCUCUUUCUCCCUCUCUUCUGUUCAAACCAUGUAAGCUGAGCAUACAUCUGAGGCUAGGACUCAGACCACGUAUUUGAGACUUAAAUUUCUGUAUUUUGCAAUCAAGAAUACCUUCUGCUGUAGCAUUGAGUGAUGCAUGAGUGACACCUGUGUUUCUUGGUCUUUUAUUGUAUUGCAUAUGAAUAAAGGCAAUGCUAAUGUAGAUAGAAUUGCAUGUGGUCAUCCAUUUAGGUCUAUUUUAUGUUGUUUUGUUGCUCAAUAAAGUUGCACUGCAUGACUAAGGAGCAAGACCCAGGAUCCUUGCAGAGUCUUGCUGGAGCGCAACUCUGUUGCUGCCUGGAACCUGAAAGCUGAGCCCCAGCAUUUUCUGUAACAGAUCCUAUAAACACUUUUGGAUUGUGUGCUGCUUCAUUGGCACCCCUAAAAAUAUUGCCUCCCCAAGCAACUGCUUGGGUUGCUUGUCCAGUCAGGUGUUCUUCCACAUAGUACUGUUUAAGCAGUAGCUGAAUAUAGCCAUAAGCCCCCAUGAAAAACAAGAGGCCCUUACGCAGAAAGAUGUAUCAUACCAUCAAACAUUUAUUAUUAUUUCAGAUUGGUAUUGAAGCACAUCUGAAAGGUUUGGUGCUGUUAAAGCACUAAGAUAAACUGUAUACUUCUAGUUAAAUAUUAACUGUAGUAAAAUUUAUUUCACACUGGCUCAUUGUGAAUAUGAAAAACCAGCUCAAGCUCUACCAGUUCUGCAAAGUGGUCUGAAGUGGAUUAAGCUUCAGACCUUUCUGCUGUAAGGGAUAUUUUCCCAGCUGCACAUCAUGUCUACAGCUUUGUUGUGAAUCAGGUAAUCUUUCAACAGCUUUUUAUGAAGUAUCAUAGCAUAAAAGUGCUCCAGACACAGGUCUGCCUACACAGAGAUACAAGUGCUUCUGUACAUCUUAAGUGUAGUUUUACCUCAUUUCUCCACACUUUUAAAGCCAUUGUAAAUUUUGCAUGCAAAUUGCCACAUCUUUUUUAAAAAAUGUGCAGGUUUUGAUAAUAUUCUAUAUUCACUAACUGCAUCUUAAUUUCUUAAUUGAAGGUUAUAAAACCAUAAUGUUCAGUUGGGGGCUGUUCAGAUCUAACACCCUUAAUUUUCUCCUCUAGACCUAAAAUAACACGUGAUCUGUAAAACUAACUUUUAGUUGGUUCAAAAAAGCCCAAAGAAAUGAUACUGAACAGGUUCCAUUUUCUAGAAAAUCAUGCAUAUAUGGACAAGGUCAUUGUUGGUACAUUUUUGAGCAUAUACCUAACAUGUUUUAAUGUCCCAAGUCCGUACAUUUUUGUGAUCUCCCUCUUUGUAAGUGGAGCAGAAAGUCUGCUCAUAGAGCAGGCAUAGGCAAACUCGGCCCUCCAGAUGUUUUUUGGGACUACAACUCCCAUCAUCCCUAGCUAACAGGACUAGUGGUCAGGGAUGAUGGGAGUUGUAGUCCCAAAACAUCUGGAGGGCUGAGUUUGCCUAUGCUUGCCAUAGAGGACUUCUUGUUGCAGCUACAUAAAUCUUUCUGUCUUUCCCUCCAUCAUCAGUACUCUGGUCAUAAAGUCAUAAAGUAGGAGUUUGGGGGCAGAUCAGGGUAGGCCUUUGAUCUGUUAAGACCCAAAGGUUUCCCAUUCACCUGACGUGCCCCCAGAACAGGAAAAGUACACUAGCCCUUGAGCUGGCAUAUUGAUUUUCCUUUCCAUUUGUUUGUUUAUUAUUUCAGUUUCUAUCCCACCCUUCAUCAACGGAUGAUUCAAGGUUGGGUAAUCAAAAAGCCCAAAUCAAAAGCACUAGAAUAAUUUAAACAAGUAAAAUUUAACAACCGUAUACUAAAUAAACUAAACAAUAUAAUAAAAUGGCAGGAUAGCAAAAUCAAAUUGUACUUCAUACAUUAAAUCAGCACAAAAAACCCCCUGAAGAAUGGGGAGGAAAAGGGAGGCCUCCCCUGCCUUGUUUUCUCUGCCUUGGGUUCUUCCUUCCCCACUGCCUUCUGAUUCACCUGUCCAAAUGUAAAAUGCAAAUGCAACAAAUACACGCAUUGUACAGGCACACUUGUCAGGAAGCCGUAACUGGCUGUGGCUCCAUAUUGUACUUGCCCCUGCAUCAUGCAUGAAUUGUUUUUUUUAGUGUGAGGGAGCUGCAUUUUAGAAAUUAAAGGAAGCUGUAGUAUGUUGCCGUUCUUUGAAGGCUCUUAGGUCUUUAUCUAUCGUCCCAUGACCAGUCCCCUAUUCCACAGGCUAGUUUUGGAAACUGCUUUGUCAUAUACUCCUGGUAGAUGCUCCAAGGGAUGUCUGGACAGUACAGAAUGUGACUAAUUUGUUCAUUGUUCUGGAAACCUUUUUAAUUUUUGGAUCUUUAAGAGUAAAAUGGAAUGCAGCUGUAGAUAGCAUUUCAGGGACCACAGGCAGCCUUGAUACUUAAUUUCAGCUGGAGUCUUAGCUCGAACUUCUGCUAAAGGCUACAUGAUUUCUUUGAACCCUGUUGUGGGUGAAAUAGAGGAGUGCCCCUUCUGCUGUGAAAGGAUGCAGGAGAUGUUUCCUCUUUUAGAAACUAUCUUAGCACUUUAUGGGCACUUUGAAAAUGAAGUCAGAUGUCUGGCUUUUGAGGGAGGGUGCUAACUCUAACUGGGGUAGUGGGUGUUGGUGGGAAUGUUAAUGCUGAUGCCCAUGUCUCUAGAUCCAAAAAUAGAAUGAGUCUCCUUUAGGAAUAACACAGCAUGUAUCUUUGUUUACUUGGGCCAAAGCCAGGAUGGUGGUUUUCAGGGGGGAAUAACAGUGGGAUGGGUAUGCUUAAACCUUUCAGAGGAAAUAUUAAAAUAAUAAUAAUGAUGAUGAUGAUGAUUUCUAAUAAAUUUUUAAGUACUCACUUUAUACUAUAGCUAACUUGGCUUGCCUUUCAUGUUGGGCACUCUGAUGCCAAAUGUUGUAAUUUGGGCUGCUCCACAGCUCUGCAACCACUUGCCUGUAUUGUAUGUGCAUUUAAACCAGGGAAUCUGUGACAUUGUUUGACUACACAUCCCAUCACCCCUUAUCCUGCUGGGUAGGGCAGAUGGAAGCUAGAUAUGUGUUCCUGAUGACUGAAGACAUAUAUUGCCUUUUUGGAAGACAAGGGAAUCUUCCAAGGCCUGAAUCUUUCCAAACUUGAUCACGCGACUGCACUUUUUCUCUUACACCAUAAAGCUUCAUGCAUGUUGAUCCUACUAUAAAAAUAAACCAGCAUCACCUUGGUUUUGCUGUUUGUUUUAUACUAUAACUUAGAUUUGCAUGGCUUUUUAUAGUGCAAUGGUUUAGCUGUGCAUUUUUUUUCCAGGACAUAAAACAAAAACUCCAGAAAUUACUUCCAUUAUAUCUCUGCCCUACAUUACACUCUGGCAAGAGGGGUCAUUGCCAUUGGGUGGUAGUUGUUUUCCAUCUCUUAACUGUCCACAGAGAUGGCCUUCAGGGAGGAUUAUGUGAUGAUGAAAAAGUAUGACUGACUUGGCUUCUGUCCUAGACUGCAGGAGUAUUCCAGGAAGAUAUUUUGUUGGAAUGUUUAUUUUAUUUUAAAAGUUCUGCAAAUUAGGCAAGAAUUACUUCAGAGUAGGGUUAUAUGGUAGUAAAUGUUAUUUUGAUCUGAUUGAGCCCAGAUUGCCCUCUCUUCAAUUAUUACAUUUUCUGAUUCUAUAAGUGCAAGACUUGAAGCUGUUAACAACAGUGGAAUUGCAGUGUAUUUGAAACACACACCAUUAGUGGGUCAUAAAAUUUUAUGCCUCAAUAUACCAAAGUGAAAAUAUCUAUGGGUCCCUUCAUCUCAGUGCAUUAGGCAUAAAUUCAUGUACCUAAUCACAAGCGGGAGGGGGGGGAUUGUUACAUUAAAAAUGAAAACCUUAUAUGAUUUUAAUGUAAAAUAUUCCUACUUGCAGGAGGGUGGAAAUCUGAACGCUUGAUUGCAUUUUCUGACCUAAGUAUAAUUUUCUAAAUUCUGAUAAUUUGGGCCACAGUUAUAGCUAUAGAUGCCCAGGCAUGGCAUGAGGAUCAGCACUGAAGUGCAGAACAGAUGCCUGCAUUAUGCAAACUGCAAGUGGGAAAUUAUUUAUCAAGGUGUGGAAAAGAUAGGUUCAGUUAUUUAGAGCAACUUAGCAGCUGACAAGGCUAGAGAAAGGUGAAAUGAGAACUAAUCUAGACGUGCAGCAAUAAGAUGGUAAAGUUUAGAGCAGAAUGGUGCUAGUUCAGAUUGAAGAAGGGGGAUACCAUUUUUAAUGUUCCCUCCAAUUGUUCCCAUACCCUACUGUAACUGAAAUAACUGCAACACAUUAUCCCCACCCCCUUUACCUCUGCCUCCUCUACAUCUGUUGUUUCCCUUGUGUCUCUCCUUUUAGAAUGCAGAACCCUGGUUAAACAGCAUCCUGCAUAGAUGACACUAUAUAAAUAGCAGCUUAAGAAACUCCAUGACAGAAGAAAACUAGCGUAGCAGGGAGAAGUUUUCUAGCCCCGUUCUCUAUAUGCUGUCCUAACUUUCGACUUAAAGAGCUGGGGGUGGGGUUAUUGCAGAGGGGUGUUCAGAAUCCACCCCGCCCCCCGUAGACUGAAGAGGUACAAUCCAUUCUACCAUAUCAUCUGUACUUCUUCCUUCUGCAUGUAGGAACCUAGCCUGGAAGGUUGGUGAUGGAUGGUAGGGUGUGGGAGCACCAUGGAACUGACUGAUAUCCAGGAAAGUAGAGGUGCCUGAACAGCUGCAGGCAAUCUGUGACCUUGAGCAGCUGCCCUGGGCUCAUGCAUGUCUUGCAAGCAACCGGAGGCUUAGUCCAAGUUUAAUGUAUUUGGGCCUUCCUCACUAACCUAUUCCUCUCUUACAUUCUAGGACAAAGAGCCCUGCAUAGGAAUCAACAAUCAAAGCUACAUCUGUGAAACAGGCCACUGCUGUGGACAGUCUCAGUGCUGCAAUUACUAUUAUGAACUCUGGUGUAAGUUUCUUGUUUUUAUAAACAGAAGUGAAAUUCUUUUCAUAAUCUGAGUCAAGGGCAUUUCAGUUUCAUCCACUUUUGGCUUUAUCCAGAGACAAGGUGUUAGAGCGGGUGAUAGGUGUCCUUCCCCAGACUGAAACUGAAAAUGAUUAUGUUGACUCACUUCAGCCAGACUGCCCUUGCCAUGACCUUUGCUAGAGACGCACAGGGGGAGUGUGUGUGUGUCCUUGCUAAUUCUCCAGUCAACCAGUGUACCUUUCUGCACCACCUGUCAGGUUUAGGGGUGUGUGAUUUCCCACCCCAGGGGGAUGACCCUGUCUGGUGCCUCAAGUUUCUAUUCUGUCUCACAUGUUAUUUAAUAUCUGCAUGAAAUUACUGGGAGAGGUUGUGCAAGGUUUAGCUGAUGUCAACAGGAUGCCCACUUUCUUCUUGGAUUCGGGUGAGGCAGCAGAGUUCUUGAACAGGUGUCUGGAGCCAGUAAUGGGUGAGGGCCAGUAAAAUGAAGCUCAAGUCAGAGAUGUUCAUGGCUGGUGGGCCUAUCAAGCUGGAGUAGAUGUAUAACCUUUUCUGGAUGAAGUUGUGCUCCAUCAACACAUGGGGUUCAUGGUUUAGGUGUAUUCCUUGAGCCAGCAUUGCUGCUUGAUAAUCAGGUGAUGACCAUGGCAAGAAUUCUCUCUUUCCAACGAUGUGACAUGUGCCAUCUAUUUACAGUUCUGCAAGAUUGACACUUAGCCUCCAUCAUUCAUUCUUUGGGAACCCCUGUUUUAAAUUAUUUACAAUGAGGGUUUGCCUUAGACUGGGGCUGAUGGGAGUUGUAAUCCAAAGCUUGGGGGGGGCACCAGGUUGGGAAAGGCUGGGGGAAGCACCCAGCUUAAUCAGCUGAAAGGAAGUGGGUUUUGUCUUCCUGAAAAUGUAAUGUUUUAGCACAUUGAGCACAGGAUUAAGCACCAAAGUGGAUUUUAGAAGGUGAAAAUUUCUUGUCGCCAUUCUCGGUACCCUAACACUGAAAGCUCCCUGCCUUUUCAUAGGUCUUGCUGUUCAUUUUAACUUUAUUUACCACCUUAACUUGUGGGAAGGAGUCAUGGGUUGAAACAGAGAAUCUCUCUUCACCUGACAUGCUUCAUGAAACAUGAUCCCAUGUUUUAGCUGUUGGGAGUGGUUGCAGUCAACAGAGUUUUCCCCUUUUGAAGAGCAAAGCUGAUGGGAAACCGAAUCAGUGGUGUUUGUUAUGGGGUGGAAGGAAGAGUAAAAUACAUGAUAUGUCAAGCAGGUGGAUUGGGUUUAAAGCUAGAUGGUGCUAGCUAGAUCCAAGUUCAAUUUUGUUUUAAGAUGAAGCGGGCAUUGAAAUAUCUUGUUGCCAAAAUCUAUUGCUAAAACUCUUGAACACUUUGUAUUGAGAACUAAAAAUUAAUAAAAUAAACCAUUUUUCAUUCUAUGAGCAGGGCACAUGGGGGGCAGUGGGCCUCUUAUGCUUGCACUGGCUUCCACUAAGUAGCAGGGCUCAUUAGUUGGCUCCAGCCCAAUCUUUGUAUCAGAUUUUCUUGUCUUGUGUCUUUUUCUGAACUUGAUGUCUUGGUAUGGCGUAGGUUUUCCGUUUGAUACUGCUGUUGAAUAGUUUAGUCUGAAAUGGAAAAUACUGGGGUGCAGGGGAAUCUAUUCCUUGUUCAUGUUUGAGCAAAAUUCCUUGUGACUUCCCUUCCUAACUAAAUUUAUAGCAGUUACAAAAAGAUGCACAUCUGGUAAAACUAUAUUGUUCAGUACCAUGCAGGAAAAGUCAUCCAAGUGGGAAGGUGGUUCUGUUUUGCCUUCUGCUGUUUUGCAUUUUGUGAUAAUCUGCUGUAGAAAUAUUCAUUCUGUCAAAUCUGGGGCAUGUUAAUCAGUUUGAAAAGUACCAGUUGGCCCACUCUUGCCCUAGACCUGGAUCCUUCCUAACUCACUGGGCUACCUGCCUCACUGAUUCCCCUCUCCACUGUGUUCAUACACAGAAAUUCUUCCCCUGCUAACCGUCAUUGAAUGAUUGAUUAUUUGUUUAGUAAUUUACACCCUGCCCUUCCUCACAAAGGAGCACAAUGGCAAGUGGUAAAACAACAAAACAUCAUAAAAACAAUUCCAGUACAGAUGUAGACUGGGGGAAAUCUCAACUUUAAAAGGCUUGUGGAAAGAGGAAGGUCUUCAGGUGGUGCUGAAAACACAACAGAGAUGGCGCUUGUCUAAUAUUAAAGCAGUUUGAGCAUUUAACCUGAGGAGAAAAGGUUGUGCCUACUUUGGGGUGUAUUUAUCUAAAAGAAAACAAAAAUCUGUGCUGCUCUUGUCCUGCUUACAGGUUACUUCCUCCUUUUGGAGGUAAGUGGGAAAGGGAAGGCAGUUUCCAGUUCACUUAAGCAAGUAGCUUUUUGGACUUUUUAUAACCUUGCUUGGAAGCUCCAACAGAAACUAGCCAGAGAAGAAACUAGCCAGCUUAAAUGUUUCUUUGUUUUAUAAUUUAUUUUUCUCUUGCUCUGACCUUCACACGUUCUCUUGAUAUUUAUUCAGCUUAUUUAUGUAAUAAGUCUGUCCACAGGGAUUAAAGGUUGCAUUCUAGCUUCAUAAAAUAGGCUGCCCAGAUUUCUUGGUUUUAUGCUUUCUUGGAAAAGGCUGUAUGCCCAGAUCAGCAAGGGAAAUCCAGAAUUCUGGCUGGGUCAGACACAUAACUUCCUCAUAGCGGAUGCUUUUUUCCCUUUCUCUUUCCCUUUUUUCUUUUUCUUUUUCUUCUUGAGUGUCCAGUAUACCUAGAAGACUCCUGAUGGUGGCCGUUGUUUAAAAAUAGUCCCUGCUAAUUGACAAGUCACUGUCCUUGUUUAAACAUAAUGCUAAACCAGCACAUGUAGAACUCACACCACUGUUCCUACCCAGCAUGGCUACAAGGAAGAAUUCAAAGAUUUUGCUUCUGUUUUAGAUUAAACACAUCUUGUUGUGGUAUCUGAAUCUGAACCAGCUAUAGUUAAUCUUAACAAUGGUAUAUUGAAACAAGCUAACUUAGAGCAGUAGUUUAGGAACCUGGCUUGUUUAAAUAAACUAUAGCUGACAUUAACCACCUUUUUUGGGGAGAGAGAUGUUUUAAUGUAAUUUAAAAUUUAACAGAAUACAAAAAAAGAAAAAAUACAGUUAAUGUCCUUAGUAUGCAUUCACAAAACAAAGAUUCAGAAAUUGUCUGUGGACAAAUGCCGGCUCUCUCGGCCUGAAGCAAGAUGAGCACCGCACCCCAUAGUCGCCUUUGACUGGACUUAACCAUCCAGGAGUCCUUUCCCUUUCCCUUUUACCUUUCCAAUGAGAGCACACCUCAUUCAGUUAAAAGCCAUAUCCCUGGGAGAUAUGUACCAACCCAAGAAAACAUGUAUUUUGUUGAUUCCCAUUAUUAAAUCAAUUGGGAGUUGCUGAUUUAGGAUACCUCAUCCCCAGCAUGCACAGUUAAUUAUUUGCAGAAUCUUUCACUGUCAUAGAAUUCUGUGGAAAAUCAUGAUUUAGCUCAUCACAUUAACCCUUGCUGAAUCUAGAUAAAGUUUCAAGCAGGGAUUCAAGGAGUCCGGUAUUUUCCCUAGCUGUGAGGUUUAGGUGUUUACUGCUGAGGAUUCUGUGUUCAAGCCAGCAGUGUUAUUAGAGAAAAAAGGAACAGUACUGAAAUGCUGCUGUUGGUUUUCCCAACCAUUGCACAACAUAAAUACCAGUGUUGACCAGCCUUUGCCAGGCUGCUACCCUUCAGGUGUUUUGGAGUACAACUCUUGUCAAUGCCAGUCAGCACAGCUUGCAAAAUAUCUGGAGGGCAUGAGCUUAGCAGAAGAUGGUAUUGACUCUCCCAGGAAAACUGUUUAAUAAAGUGUCCACCUUUCUCAUACAGUCUCCAAUGUGGGCUUCUGUUCCUGGUAACACUUGAGAAACUGGGGUACAUCAGAGCUGAAGCAUUGGCUUGCUCUUUGAGAGGAAACUAUAUACAGCCCUUCCUCCACCAAGAACACUGAUAAUAUUUAGCAUUUAUUAAGUGUUUCAGAGUAUUCAAAGCUCUUCAUGAUAGAUAAUCUUAGCCAUCUUUGCGACAACAUUGUAAGAGGUAGGCCAGCAUUAUUUCCCCCAUGUUUUAAAGUGGGCUGGGAGUGGUUUGCAUAAGGCAGGGGUGGAGCACUUAGGCCUGUUGGGCAUCCCCAUUUGGCUCAUGAGACUUCUGAAAACUGUCAGCUGAUUAUCAAGGGCUUCUGUGGAUCUAUCAAAGCGCUGCCUAAGAUAGUGCUUCAGAAGGGGCUUCUGCAAGAAGCUACUGAUGUCAUGGUCAUUUCUGGUGACUGACAGGUGGCAUACUCCACCCACCUGUCAAACUUGGCCUGCGAAGGGUUGAGGAGAUAAUACUCCUGUCCACCAGUCAGAUCCAGUUCUCCACCCAUGCCCUAAGGCCAUAAUUAGCUGCGUACAUUUCUACCUCAGUUGCUUAGCUUAAGAAGGCUGCCUGCAGUUCAGCAGCUAAUUGCCGAGGGGAGAUUUGAACCAGGACCUUUCGCAGCUCAAUUCCAAGUACAGGCUCUUAGCAGCUGCCCCACACUUGCUCUACACUAAUUCUCAAAAAUGUCCCAUUUCACCUUCUUUUGGGCCAGAUAGCCUGAAGCCAAGGCCAUCACCUAGCAUGCUUCUAAGGCAGGCGGAGAAAUGAUUUGCUACAUGUUUUGGCUUAGCUGCAAUGAGGUUUCCUGCCAAUAAAGCAGUGGCAUCUACCCAAGUUUACUGUGAACUCUAGGGCAGACUAUUCUGUUCCUGCUCUUGAGCGCUAAAGGGGAAAACAUGUUUUCCCGUUUUGCAAGAGUAAAAGGCACUUUCCUUUGUGAGAUCUUUGCUUGGAUACUUGCCACUGGGGAAACAUAGAAAUAUAUCCUUCUGGUUGUUGUAUCCCCAAGGAUCUAUAGGACAGUAACACAUGCAGUUUUGAGCAUCAUAGACCUUCCCCUGGUCUCCUCAAGAAAGGAGGUAUUGUAUUACAGUAAAGGCUGAAAAUUUGUCAUUGACAGUAUUGGGAGAAAUCACAAAAACUAGGUGGGGAUUUGAGACAUGGCUUGAGCCCCUGCCUGCUUCCAAAUUGCUGCUCCAUUGCUCUCCUCACACAGCCUCCCUCCAUGUUCACACCUUGCCCUCCUUUUAGCCUUUCUAAAAAAAUUAAUGAAUUCUGAACUCACUGGAAUCCUUCAUCUUGGAAGCAGAGCAAGCUGUGCAAAAUAAAUGUAAUACAAAGAAGUGCUAAAUUUCUAUUAUCUAAGCAUACCAGAUGAAUUAUUUUUCCAUAAUUUGGCUGUUGUUGUUUUGUUGAGAUCAGAUACAUAGCCCUGGCUUACUGGUUCCUAAAGCUGACAAUAUUUUCUGUGUUCGCCAAGCAAGUAAACUCCAACCCAAGGCAGCGCUUUAUUUGUACUUGCAGUCCAAAAGAGUGGAAACCAUUUUAGUAUCUUCCAGGACAAAGUUAUAUGGUGUUGCUAAGGCCUAAUGCUACUCCGUGUCCAGAGAUGACUAGAGCAGUGGCAGCUUUCUGUUUCUGCUAGAAGUUCAGACGGCCUUUAACACUAGUCCGUCCGUCCACCGUCCACCCCCAAAUCUAUGGGCUUUGCACUGUUGCCUUAACAUGGAAUUGAGAAGGAAAGUAGUGAAAGAAAGUGCUAUCAACUGGUAUAAGGGUUUUGUGCAACUCUUGCUGAUUUGGGCUUGCCACUGGCACUAACCCUGCUAGAUUAUCUAGUUGAGAUUCCUGCAUUUCAGGAGAGUGGACUAGAUGGUCCACUUGGAUCCCUUCCAACUCUACAAUUCUAUGAUGUUUGAACUAGCAGGUUUCAGUACAGAGAUUAGUACAACCUCCAUGUGGGUAGCAGGUGGGAACGUUUAUCGAAAAAAAACCCCAGCAUCCCACUGUUUGGAAACACCCUAGGGCAGGGAUGAUACAAGUUGUAGUCCAGCUACCUCUGUUGUAUAUUGUCUUCAGGGAUUUUGAUGCUUUUUAAUUUGCAAGGUUUCUUGGCAACACAGGUCCUUGAGGUGUUUUCCUCUUGAUAAGCUAAGCAUUUUCUCAUUGCCUUACUGCCAGCUGACUGCUGUAUUCUCCAGAGACCCUACUGUUAGCACUGUGCAAUAUCUGCGUCCAACCAUUCUCAGGAACUUGGAGAUAUUAGUCCCCCCCCCCCCCCCCUAGAUUUAGCAAUUCAACAAAUAGGAAAUCUUGCUGACUGGACAAUAUUCAUCAGGUGUCUUUUAGUUUAGAAACAUCCAUAUUAGGAUACUGUAUUAAUCUUUAUUAGAGACAUUUAUACACCAACUGUUAACUAAGGGCAGACUAGAAAUGUGACCGUUUUGUUAUACAGUCAGUUCAGAAUGCUGCACAUUUCUUGGAUCUGAGAUUCCAUGGUAGCCAUGAUUAUAGCAUUGAAGAAAUGAACCUAUGCUGCCAGUUCUCGAAGUAGACCAGUAUAAAGUAAGCAGCACAUAAGCAGCACACAUGAUUAUAGCAUGGCAAACAGGCAGCGUUCUUAGGAAAAGUUAUUGCACACUUUAAUGACGAUGUAUUUUAAUUAUGUUGUGUAAUUGGUAUUUAUAUAUUGUAAAGCACUUAGAAGCCCGUUUGGCAUUGUUGUAUGUUAAUUAAUAAAAGUAAAUUCAAUUGUUAAAGAAUACACAACAUAUUCAGGUAUUUAGUGUAGGGCUGUGGUCUGGGAGUUUCCAAAUUUCUCCUUCAUCAUACUAGCAAAGUUUUUUUUUUACAACAUUGGCUCAGAUUCCUCUCUUCCAUAUUGUGAAUGAAACCAAUGUUUGAAAGUGCAUGCACACAAAGGUGGAACAAUAUAACAUGUGGAAGGAGCUGAGAGGCUUGUUUCAGUUUGUGCAAAUGAUCAAUUAUAGCUUCUCAAGUUAAUGAAGCAUGUCUGAUUAGAUAAAUAAACUUUGAGUUAUGCUGUUUUUUCAAUAGAUAUCUUAUUUAGGUAGAUAGACCAGGAUAUAAAUCAAUUAAAAAAGGGUGAGUAAAUUUGACUAUCUUCAGUUACUGUGACCCUUGCAAUGAGGUGAAACAGUACCUAUUUUAAAGUGUAACAUCAAUAUGUCUUUUAAAAAAUAGAGUAGCAAGUUAUUCCUUCUCAGUUCCCAUAUAGCAGGGAUGUAGUCUUCAAACAUUGUGGGACUACAACUCCCAUCAUCCCUCUCCACUGGCCGUGUUGGCUGGAGCUGAUGUAAGUUGGAGUCUAACAACAUCUGGAAUCUUGCAAGUUUCCCAUCCCUGCAACAUAUAGGCAUAUUUAUUUUCUGAAUGUUUUGAUAAAAAAUAUUUAUUUUGUUUCUGCAUGGUGCUGUUUCUAAGUUGAUAUAGUAAAACUUGAAAAUGGAAUCCAUCAGCAUUGUAGCAAAGAAAAGGAUCUUUCUUCCCAAUGAAAAUAUACUUCGACUGCAAUUCUGUGCACAUUUACACGGGAUUACUGUGUCCCACUGAACACAGUGAGACUUACAUCCAAAUAAAUAUGCAUAGCAUUUUGCUACAUAGCAUCUUAAGUAUAGCAGCUUGCAGAGCUAUCUCUAAAAUCAGUUAUAUUUUAAAUAUUCUAAUAAAACGAAAGCAUGUGUAAAUUUCAUAAAUAUACCCAACAGUACCUCUUGGGUGCUAUGUAAUAUGUUUAGGUUUGGUAAAAGAGUAUUGCAUAUAUUUCAAUUUCCAUAAAAUAUAUAUGUUUGCUUUUUGUAUUAUAUUGUUUAGAAGAUUGGUGGUUCUUCUUCAUGCCUCCAAAAUGUUUGGACACUUUACAUCUCUGGGCAGGGCUAUUCAUUUUGUAAGUCAGCCAUCCACCAGGUAUCUUUUGGUCUGCAAUCCACCUGCCCCCAGCUGCCAUGGCUGUACUGGCAGGAGCUAAUGAAAAUUGUCAGUCCAAAACACCUGGAGGGCAGUUGGUUCAGAAAGGCUGCUUCAAAGGAAGGUGCUUCUGACCUUUAAAACAGAUUUCAGUCCUGCAUCGGUAAAAGCUGAGAAUGCUUCCAAUAUACGAGGGAAGAAAACAGUUGGAGCAGAUGGGAAAAAAUGGUCAGGGGUCUUCUUGCAAAGUUGGAUGCCAGCCUGAGAAUCUGUAAGAAAACAGGGGUGGUGUUCUUCAUCAGAACUAAACAGGCGUCCCUUCAUUUACACAUGUUCAAUUCACACGUGACCACGCAUACGCGCAGCCCUGGAAACCCAGAGGUGGGGUGGGGGUGGGAGAGAGACCUGAAGAGCCUCCAGCUUGUGAGGAGAGCCUCCCUGGAGCCCAAAGGGGAUGUCCUCUUCGGGCUCUGGGGAAGGUCUCCUCACCAGCCAGAGUUGCAGCAACUUCUGCUGCGCUUUCCCGCAUAUCAGCUGUUAGCCAGAAAACCCCACUGUGCCUCUAGCUUGCAAGGAGAUUUGCCCUAGAGCUCGAAGAGGACAUCCUCUUUGGUCUCUGGGGAAGGUCUCCUCAUGACCUGGAGGUGCAGCGGGGUGCUGCCGAUUUGUGCACAUUUCACCUAUGUGCAGGAGGCCAGAAUUUAACCCCUGCAUAAAUGGGGAUUUGUCUGUCUACGUAAGCAUAUGGUUGCAGCUUUCCUGUUGAGAGUGUGGUAGCUUCUAGGUUAUCAAGUUGCCAGUGCAAAGCAACUGCGCAACGCAGAGCUCACACCUGCAUUUAGGUGGUUUGGCAAUGACUGACUCAGAUCUCCUUGUGUCUGCUGGGGUUCAAGUGCUUUGGUUCCCAGGACCAGUCAGAUGUAGAACCAUGUAGCUGUCUAACAGACAAAGCUCCUUAUAGCACCUUAAAGAUAAAUCAGUUAAUUGCUACAUAUAUUAAGCAAAUCGGGCACAUUUCCUCAGCACAGACUUAUUCAAAAUACGCCAUUCAUCACUGCAAACAUGUGUGGGGCACAGUACAUGUGGGAAUUGGUUUGUAAGGUGCCAUGGAUUUCCUUUUUUAUGUUCUUAGCUGCAGCAGAGUAGUUCAGCUGCUAAUCUGAGAUCUGCAACAGGCUGGGAAGGCAAAAUAAAACAGCACUUGCAGCAGUAGUUGGGAUUCAGCACUGCUUUCUCGCACCAAACUGCGGUUCCCAUUUCACACAUUUCUGGCUUUGCACUCAAAACACAGUUUCAGCAUUUAUUUGCUGCCUUUUAAUGUUAUCAUUGUUUUACUUGCAUAGUAAAGUGAUCAUCACUGUAUCUUGUGGGAGUGAGUUCUGUAAAUUAAGUAUACAUUGUGUGAAGAAGUGAAUCUGUCAGUCAUUUUUAUUGGAUGACCCAAGUUCUGGGGUUAUGCAAGAGGGAGAAAAACAUAUACCUGCACACUUUUUCCACACCAUGUAUCCCUUUAUAAACCUCUUAUGCCCCCCCUCUUUCCAACCUAGAACUAUUUUUUUUUUCAAAGAGAAGACACGAAAAACUCAAGGAUGGUGUGAAGUACAGCUAGUGAGGGACAUGGCCUAUGAAGGGUCCCAAGGGCCACAUUUGACCUGUGGGCCUGAGGUUCCUAAAUUCUGAAGCAUAUAUGGCAGAUUAGGGUGAGAUCUCCCUGAGUCUUAUGUCUCUGAAAAGUGCCUCUCAUAUCCUGUUACGGUGACCUGUGCCAAGAUUGGCAGUAGGUGCACACUUGUUUCAAAAGGCCACCUCAGUGGCUUCAUAGUUUUGAAACCUCUUUCUCCUGAAGAAGAAACACUCUUAGUAAAAUUCCUCUUCUCUCCCCCCCCCCCCGCUUUUUUAUUCUUGAUUUUUUCCGUAGGGUUCUGGCUAGUAUGGACGAUCAUCAUCAUACUGAGUUGCUGCUGUGUCUGCCAUCAUCGGCGCGCCAAACACAGACUUCAGGCACAACAACGGCAGCAUGAGAUUAACCUGAUUGCCUAUCGUGAAGCUCAUAACUACUCCACCCUGCCAUUUUAUUUCCGUAUGUACUGCAUGCAAGGAGCAAGCUGCCUUUCAAAGAGCAAAGAGCAAGAUGUUGGCAUAUUGGGUGGGGGUCAUGGACGCAACAGAGAUUCACAGCAAAGAUGGUGGGGAUGGGUGCAGAGAUGUCUGCUGGUGGCUGGAGAGGACCAUGUAGUAUACUGCAGUAUGUUGGGAGACUUCACACGGUCCUUCUUGUCACCUUGGCUACACAAGCUUGAAGCACAAUCACAGAUAACUGUGACUAGUGUGGGCACAAUCUAAAUCUUGUGGAUAAAUUUCUGGGUCGGGGGGGGAGAGAGAGAGAGAGAGAGAGAGAUUUGAAUUCGUUUCCCUCUGAACAUUGUAGAGCAGUGCUUUACUCGGACUUGUUUUCCAGCUCUAGUGGUUGGUUAGACUGUCAUAAAAGGAGGAAGUGGAUUGACAGAUUUCUUCACAUUUUAAUCUGCGCAGUGGCAGCAGCAGUGACAAGGCUGAGAUUUUUUUAAAAAAACUUCCCACACCUUUUCCUCUGCAGCUGACACAACAUGAGUGUCUCUAAGAAAGAGGCACCACAGAAUAGCUAAUAUGGUGGUGUGGCAGAGGGGCAUCACACCCAAGGUCUCUUGUCAAGAAUAAAUGUAAUGAUGAGUGAUGCUACUUCAUUUUGCCCAUGUCAAUUUUAAUUAAUACUUUAUUACUUUAAAACAAAAAACAAAACAAAAACAUUAGCCACCCAGUAGAAGGCAAUGGAAGAAGAAGUAGAAGAGGAGUUUGGAUUUGAUAUCCCGCUUUAUCACUACCCGAAUUCUCCUUUCCCUUCCUCCCCCACAACAGACACCCUGUGAGGUGAGUGGGGCUGAGAGACUUCAGAGAAGUGUGACUGGCCGAAGGUCACCCAGAGUAGGACACCUGAGAAAAUGCUACAUAGAGGAGAGGGAACCCUCUCUCUCUCUCUCUCUCUCUCUCUCUCUCUCUCUCUCUCUCUUUCUCCUUUUGCACAAAAUCAGGGGGAAGACAAUUUAAAUCAGCUCCCAGUUGACUCUGGGAUGUAACAUUCCUUAAUUUCAUAGGUCUCUCUGAAUGCUACACACUGCUUUGCCUUAGUUUCUUCCAGCUGUAACAUAUGGAAAAUCAACUGCUUCCUUAGCCAAAUCAGGAUGGAAUUUUUAUUAUUAUUAAUAUAAUUUGUUGAAGUUAAGUCCAAAGUGUUGUUAAAUUACUUUCAAUUGUGUUUUCUGACAACAUUUAUAAAGUUGGAACCAUUUAGGUAAUCUAGAGGUUAACUUGUCCUCCCUGCCUCCCCAUUUAGGAUUUUUGCCAAAUUAUUUACUACCUCCCUAUGAGGAAGUGGUGAACCGACCUCCGACCCCUCCCCCACCAUAUAGUGCCUUACAUCAGCAAUGCGUUCCACCUGGCGGCAGCAGUGCAGCACCAGAUACAAGAAACCUACAGCCAGCCCAGACAGGCUCUCUGUCAGGAGCAGGAAGCAAUAAUGGAAACACGGACAGCACUGCCUCCUCCAGCACCGGGAACCCCGAAUCGUCCACCCUGCUAGCUGAGCGAUCAACCACCAAAGCAACAAGUGGCGAGCGAAGGAACUCCAGCAGUGGGGCAGAGUUGGAAGAGACGGCCAACCACGCGCCCUGUUCCGACAAGGAGUCAGAGUGCAAGGAGGAACUGCUUAAGGAUUACAACUCGGAAAGCUUAGACCACAACAACGCCUUCUCCGAUGCUAAAGACAAGACGCCGGGCAGACACCGAAGGUUCACCGGUGACUCGGGCAUUGAAAUCUGCAUCUGCAACCAGGGCCACCACGAUGGCGAUCUCAAGGAGUUGGAUGGGUUCAUUGAUGAUGGGCCCAUGGACUUCUGCGAUAGCUGCAGUGGCCACCCUCCCCAUGGAGAUGAGGAAGAAGGGCUUUUCAAUGCCCCGGAUGAGCAGCAUCAAGAGCACAGCCACCACCACCUUCCCCGGCAGCCUGUUUGUGUGCUCCUGAACACCAUAAACGAACAGGACUCGCCAAACUCUCAUGCCAAUACCUCCCCCAGCUAAAAUAAGCAAAGGGAGAAGGGAUAUUCUACAAAAGGAUAAACAUGACUUCAGCCAAAAACAAGUUGGUUCAGCUUUUUCUUCAGAUGUAACUUUGGGAAUAACCCCUAAAUAAUAGGUAUGGAGGAAGGGGCAGAAGCUUCUGGGCCUUCCCUGCCUCCUGCCCCCCCCUUUAAUUGCCUCCAUCUGGUUAGGGUUUAGGAUUAAGAGUGAGAUCAUUUUUAUACAUAUAACAAACGAGAGAAAAACUUUUCCUAUUGCUGAUUUUGGUGACGGUUUACUUGGUUGGUUGUUUUCUUAGAGGUUUUCAAUACCUGCUUUAUUUUAUUAUCAGAAAGACUUAACUUGACCCUGUGAGAACAAGGAGUGCUCAUGUAUCUCUUCCCCCUCCCUCCUCUUUCCCAGGCGUCUUCCCAGAAGCCAGUGGCAUUUGAUGGCGCUGGCGGUUUGCCUAGUCAGUGCCAUUGAGGGGUUAAAAUGAAACCCCAGAGAGAUGUGGGUGGGCUUUGGGGUUUUUUCCCUGAAUUGAUACAGUGCUGUACUCUCUGGUGCAUUGUUGGUUAGAGCAACCUGUAGGAAUUUCCCCCCCUCUUGAAGCUGGUGACUAUAAAGGACCAGUUUCUUUCAGAAAAAGCAAACUGCUAGCCUGAAACAUAGCAGUUUAUGCAAAAAACGGGUUGUGGAUGGUGACUUUUAUUUUAUUUUUAUUUGGGGGGAAAAGAAAGGCAAAUGUAUUCCUUUAGUUGAUGACUAUGAGUUGAGACUCCUGGCAGAGGACCUGCCUUUUUCCAGUACUGUGGUCUCUAAAUCUCAUUCAAUAGGUGUGCUACAAUGCAACAGAACAGGGACUUUGCAACUUUAGGCCAGCACGCUAGUUAAAAUGACAAAACCAAACAAAACCAAACACACACAACAGGGCUGUCUUUUUGGCCAGCGUGCCUUCAGGUUUCAGCGAUGCUUGUUGAACAAAUGGAGGCAAGAACUCCAUCCACUGCAAAGGGAUAACUUGCAGCUUCAAUGUGGAAGACCUGUGCAGUAUUUUUCUUUUUUCUUUCUUUCUUUUUUAGUCCACAAGUUUAGCAUGAUCCUAAUGGUGACCACUUAAAAGGAUAGAGUGUCUGUGUUUCUCUCUUUUGAUAGCGGCAACAGGCUACUGUAUAACGUCUGUGAGUGUGUAUGUGUGUCUGACUGCAGUACAUGCAUGUGUGUUUCCUACUGGUGAUACGAAACUUGCUGCUGUAAGACUGCAAAAACAAAACAGAAAAGACUGUUGCUUUGCUUUAAACAAACAGUGGAGCUUUUGUUAGUAACAACCCCAAGGGGGAAGGAAAAGAAACAAACUGAAGCAGCUGAAACUAACAUUCCCUGGAGCGUUCCUGUGGAAGAGUGCAAGCCUUGGUGUGAUAGAGAUUUGUUUUCCCAUUUCUUUAAUUACGGUUGUCUGGGUCAUUUAUGUCAUAAAAUAGACUUUCAGAUUUGAUUGCUUGAAACCAAAAUCAGUUUGAAAUACGAUGUAAGCCCAAAUAUAAUGCCUUUUUUCUGAUAAUCCAUGGACUGUGUCUCAUUUUGUUUGGGGAAAGAUAGAGCAGUUGAGAUAUAUCAUAAUGAAAGAAGAGGGUUGGGGCUUUAUUUUUUUGCACUUCAAAGUGAACUUAACUCAUGUCCAGAAUUAUACGAUUAACACGGGGUUGGUGAGAGCACAUCUUUAUGUUUCACUGUAUAGAAGGGAGGUGUUGGUGCAUCUACAUUUCCAUGUGAAAAUGCAAAUAGGAAGGCAGUCGUGCUCCUCUCCACUGACUUCCUUCAAAUAUCGCCCAUACCACAGGUAGGGAAUCUGUGCCCCUUCAGAUGUUACUGGACUAUAAGUCACAUCAUCCUUGCUCAUUGGCCAUUCUGGUUGGAGCUGAUGGGACUUGGAGUUCAACAACAUCUGGAAGGCUACAGGUUCCCCAGCCCAUGACCUGCCAAGGCAAGCUGACAUGCUCCCUGCAAAAGAUAUUAGGGUGCGCUUAAAGGGCAGCAACAAUCCUGUAAAGACUCCAAGUCACCCAGUGAUCUUCAUGACUGAGGAGGGAUCUGAACCCAAGUGAAGUUCAGAUCAUUCUAUCCAUGACAUCACACAUUUAGAUUUUCUGCUACCCAAAUAUCCUGAGCCAUCUCUGUCUACAUAAAACCAGCAAAUUAUUUGAGCAGAGCACUAUCCUAGUAGCUCAGGGGAAAGGUGAAUAUAUUACUGUGCAUGUUUACUGCAGACAACAGCCUACAGCAGACCAAAGCCUGAUAACCACUAAUAUCAUCACAGUAAGGGGGAUGACAGCUCCUAGGAACUUAAAGUGAAAUCAAACCCCUUUGUCCCGAGUCCUCAGCUCUCCUGAGUUUCAACCCCUCUCACAAAACCAACUUCUACUUCGUGGAAUUAAGCUCACUUUCAGAUGUGGGAAAACCUCACUCUGUAUCUGCAGUCCAGUUGGCACCUUUCCGCAUGCCAGAUGGAGACAAUGAGGCUUUAAUUUGAUUCUGUUCUUCAGUUGAUAUUUGGGUUGCUUUUGAUGUUUUCAAAGCACAUGCAGGAGCUGGGUGGAGCGUUGAGCACUUGCAAAUUGUGGUUGGGGUUUUGAGACCCAUGUUACCUUCCUGCUGGGUCAAGACACUCCUCAAUAGACUUAAAACCGUAGGAACCCCACACAUUUCCUUAUGCUUACAUCUGCAGCACAAGGAUGGUUUCAGAUUUUAUAGAGCUAGUACAUGUGUUCCAAAGCAGAUUCAAUAUGUGCUCAAAGCUUUCCAUGGGGCACAAACAGAGAAAUGUCAAAGUUCCAUGUUAAAACAGAAAAAUGAAACUUCCUGAAACUCUCUUCAUUGUGUCUUCAAAUCCUGCACUAUCAAACUGCGGCAAACACCAGAUUCUUUGCCAAGGAAACCCACUUUUUGCACUCAAAUUACAUGGUGGAAUUUUUUUUUAAAGGUAUGUUUAUAGUUCCAUCAAGUUGCUGUGUUGUUCCAUGUGUCAGAGCUAUGACCAGGUUCCAAUCCAGACCGGGGUUUGUUUUAUCUAGCUGAGGUUUCCUGAGACUCAGGGGUGGGCUUAGGGUUGAGUUCUCAUUUUACCAAGCAAGGAUAACAAGCCACUCUCCCUGUAUUUUUGCCAGGUUACUGUAGGCGUUAUACUGUACGUCAAUCAUUGGAGCUAAUGUUGCACACCCCUAUAUCCUUUCUGCUCCUGAAGAAGAUAAAAGGGACAACAGGAAGCUGUGCAAAAGUUCCUUCCCCAGAUCGUUUAGAAAAUGCUACUUCCCUGUUUAAAGAUAUAUUCCGAUCAUGGUUAAAGGAAGAAAAAGAUCCUUAAAAUCCCAGCUUUCACACAGAAGUUUUGAAAUGUAGGGAUCCUGUGUCUUAUUACUGGCUGACUUAUUUUCCAUUGCAUAAAAAGCCACAUGCAACACACAUCAGUUCUUGGUUUACAAGCCUGACUUUGGCUAAUUGCCAAACUACAUGCUGAGCAUUUUGGCAAUAGUUUUAUCAGCAUUUUAGUAGUAGCAUGUGUUACGGAGAGCAAGUCAGACAAUACCUUUAUUCAGGCCAGCAAAUGAAAUUUUGGAAGCGAUCCUGAAUUGGAUCAAGGCUGCAGCAUCUCCCCCCCCCCCCCAGCAGCUAGCCAUGUGCCUCUCUAGGGGUCGGCAAGGUUUACCUUGCCUGGGCCGGUUCACUCCAGCGGAGAUCUCUCCAUGGGCCGGAUCGCAUGCAGGCCUGCAAUUUCUGGCAUCUACGUUUGCGCAGACGUGGUUUUCGGUGUCUACGCAAGCGCAGGCGUGAUUUCCAGCCCUGCGGAAGCAAGUCCCCAUGCUGCGCUGUGCUGGUUUAGGGGCAGCUCGUGGGCUGGUUAAACGACUCCCGUGGGCUGCUUGUAGCCCAUGGGCCUUAGGUUGCCGAUCCCUGCUCUAGGCAGCCCUCAAGCUGGCCUUUUAAUGCCAGUGCCUUCCAUUGUUGCUCCCUAGCUGGUGGUGUUCGGUAGCUUAUGAUUGUUUAUUUUGGAUGGGAGGAUCUCUCUGUUUCUCCUUUUUUCCAAUCUUAAAUUCACCUCUCUACAUCUUGCAGCAAUUUGUGAUUUUUU